CCUUUGUCAACUACAUCAAAACAUCCAUCAGGAAAAAGGCAGGCUUGUGACGUUGGGUGUACCAAUAAAUUUAUUUCAAAGAAACUGAAAUCCCGCUUUACUGAUGUACUCCACAAUUCUAAAUUUGAGGAGCGUUCUGUGAAAUUCACGUUGUGGUGGGGCUUGCGUCAGACGACAGUGUGCCUUAAGAUAGAUUUGGGGAACAUCAUAAGUCCAGUAAAAGAAUGCCACUAGGGGUAUCUCGAGAUGGUAAACCAGUACCCCAUUCAACCGACGCAGAAGGAACUGAACAACCAAACCCGACAGAAGUAUCGGAAAAUCUUCAGGUUGGAGAUGGUCCCUCUAUAACAGUUAGUGAUCAUGCAGAGUCAGAUAUAGAGAAUAAACACCUCCGUUUUGAUGAUCUCAAAUCGGACGAUGAAUUUCAUACUGCUUCAGAAUGUACCCUACGUCAUUCCUGUUCUUCGGCCUACGACUCCGCGUCAGAAUGUGAAGCUCGGUACUCCCCCUGGUGGGAAUAUGACAAAAACCUGAACGAAGACAUCUCCAAGGAAAAAAUGGUGCUGGCUGUCGGCUGUCCACAAUUACCACUCCCUGAAGAAGUCCUCAAGCCUUCUCCUGUGGUUCCCCCGGGUAAGAUUGUCCACGAGGUGAUAGAGACCACCCAUAUCCGAGUGCAGCAUUCUCAUACUCUUGGAGUGAAGUCGUUCGUUCUGUCUUCCGAAACAGUUAGGGAUAAGAAGAACGAGGGACUCGACACGACGGAAGAAGUGAUUACCAUCACUAAUAAUGUCGAAGAGUGCGGUAAUUGGCUUCAACUGAAGAUACUAGAGAUCACCCCUGAACUGACGAAACUAGGAGCAACGCUAGAAGAAGCUUUGGAAUUGCAGAAAGCUCACGAUGAAGUGCUACGACAAUUACAGAAUAAACAAAGUCCUGUGGAAGAACUUUUACGCCAAGCAGAUCAGCUCAUCGCCACGCAGAAACCAAGGGCGGAAGUGUACGCCGCCAUGGCCGAAACCUUGGGAAGAGCUUGGAGAGACAUAAAUUACAGUCUAGACUUGAGGAAACACAUUCUCGACUUGAACGUUCAGUAUCACAUAAAAGCGACUGAGUUCUUCGAUAAAAUCAAGAACUUAGAAGAAUCUUGCACCGAUAGAGUCGUGCCAAUUGAAAUCGAUGCGGUGAAGCAAUUUCUAACGAUGAUUCACGACCUCAGGAGGACCCUACUGGAAUCUCUGAUGAGCGCUCUGCAGGCGGGAAACUCACUUUUGGGAAAACUCAAGGCGCUGGGUGCAGAAGGCACACUCGAUUCUCGACCCGAUAAUAUUCGACAAUCGAUUAAUAAAGCUUUAUCCCAAGUCCAAACUUGGUUAGACGAUCUACAUGUCAAAAGACAAGAUGUAGAAGCUGUGUUCAACAAGAGAAAAUUGCAACUAGAGCAAUGCUUAGCUUUGGCUAUAUUAGCCGCAGAUUUGAGAGAACUAGAAGAUUGUGUCAAUAACUGCAGAAACAGAUUAUCUAACGCUGAUCAACUAGGAGAUUCUGCUUCUAGCACCGAACUUCUAUUGCACGAAAACAAGAAGCUACUGCCGGAAGCGCAGAUUUUACAAGAAAAGGCACUCAAAAUAACCAAAGCCACUGAACAGUUACUGGCGUCUGGAUGUUUUGCUGGGGAAGAAGCAGCUAAACAGUCCUAUGCCAUUCUUUCGCUGACAUCUGAUUACAUGACUGAAUUACAAAAUAGAAAUAGCUUACUGGAGAGGGUGAUGUCGUUCUUCAAAUCGGCUCAGUCAGCCUUCAACAACCUCGACCAACUCGAAAUUCAACUGACGAGUUCGAACUUGAAACCAACCUCACCUCACCUUACUCAACUGCACGCUGACUGUUCGAAGGCCAUCGAAGAAAUAACCGCUGGACCCAUAGCUGAGGGCUACGCUAUACUUCAGUCUGUUGGAAGAGGAUCAACAGGAACAGACGGUGUUAAGCGAGCCGUGGAAGAUCUGGAAAAUGUCAAGAUCAGGCUGGAUGCCUUGUGUGUUGCACAUCGCGAAGAAAACCAGAGGAUAAAUAGGGCUCUCGAUAAUUUCCUCGAAUCCUAUAGCUCUAUCCAACUUUGGCUUUCUAGUAUAGCUGAAGCUUUUCUUCGCAGUCAUCAGAAUAUGGGAACGGAUCUCACAACGGCGAAUGAUUUUAUGGAUUUGCACAGGAAGCUGCUAACUGAUCUUCAGGAUAAGGGCAAUGAAAUCAACAGCCUCCUACUCACGCUUCCUCCUAUCGUCCAAUAUCUGGACGAUGACAGACGUAAAGACGUCGAUGGUAAAGUAGAAGAACUACACGAGCGCUGGACCAACCUCAAAAAUAUCCUAAAGAAUCGUCUUGAUUUGGGCAGGAUCUAUGUGAAAUUUCACACUGAAGCUGGCAUACUGAAUGAAGAGGUCGAUAGACUUGAAGCAGAAUUGAGAUCGAAAGGAGAAGAUAUCGACGACGAUACACUGAAGAAUUUGGAGAUCAAAUGGGAAACUUUGGAACCACUAUAUCAGUCAGCCAAGAAUACUGGACUCACAUUCAUAAGCGAUGCAAAGAAGGUAUCCGAACCACAUCUAGAUACGAAUCGUGCAUGUGCUUGUGUCGAGGCUGUGCUGGAUACUCUUUCUGGAAGGCAACUCCAAGUGACACGAACCUGGCAAACCAUCCAGGCUGAUGUUACCGAAAAACGGGAAUUGUUGACGAAGCUGGAAGAGACCAUAAUGGAGAGCACGAGAACUAUAAACUGGGUGACAAAACUCGAGGCACAACUGUACCCGAUCAUAACGACAAGCUCAGACAAUGCCAAAGACAUAGCUUCGUACAUCAGCAACAAAUUGGAAACCAUUCUUCCUGAUAUACGUCGAGCUCAAAAUGAAGUUGAACAAAAAAUCAGUGCUGCAGAAACACUGAUAAUUAAGACUAAAACUACAGAUGAAAGAGCUUUGAAUGUAAAGAAUAGGUUGAGUGAAUUGAACUCAAAAUUGAUGGAUAUAACGACUGAUUACCAGGUAUUGCUACACGAUCUGGUAACUUAUUUCAGUAGUAUCCACGAUUUCCAAAAGGAUAUCCAAAAGGUAAAUGAUCAGACAGCAAAUACCAUAGAGAUAACGGAUUUCAAUAAAAUCAAAUUCCUGAUGGCUGAACACGAAGCAUCUGUCCAAAUGAUCAACCAGAAAUUGAAGCGCCUUUUGGAUAGAUGUGAUGAGAUGACGAGAAAAAUUUUAAAACAGGAACCACCUAGCGCAGCAAGCCAUGAUAUCGAUAAACUCAGACGCACACUAGAAUUGAAUAGAACAUCAUGGGAGUUGCAGAAUCAACGCAUUCGUGAAAUAUUCGACAGGCAGUACACAUUCUGUCAAUUCGAUGAGGACCUUAAUAGUAUAAACAGGAGUAUAAGCAAUCUAGAACAGCAAAAUCAAGAACUUAAGAAUAGAUAUGGCAAAUCUUUGGAUGAAGCCAGAUCUUCAUCUUUGGCGUAUGCCAAUUUCGAAAGAACAAUUCAAGAUUUAGACAAGAAGAUACGCGAAUUCAUAGCCUAUGGGGAAAGAUUGAUGUCAGAAAAUCAUAGUCAUUCGCCACUUAUUGAGAAACAUAUAAAGGAGCUACAAAAUAGGUGGAAUAAUUUCCAAACACAAAUUCUGCAAAUCCGCCGUUCGAUAGAUUUGAGUAUUCAAUACUUCCAGUUGAUUCAAGAGGCUGAUCAGUGGUUCAAGGAAGGCAACAGAUUACUGGUAUCUAUAGCCCGAAGGUCAACACUAGUUAAACGACCAGAAGAAGCUGAGGAGCUACUCAGAGAAAUAUCGACAUUCCUAAGGCCAGGCGAAGAUAAACAAAAUGAAAGAAUUAGGAAGAUUACUGAAUUAGCAGAAGAAAUAUAUGGAGAUCAGCUGCCCACUCAACUAAACCACGUUGUUGAUGAAAGCAGAGAAAUGAUCAAAUCUUUCAGUAUCAUCCGAGAAGAACUAGAUACACUCAGCAGGAAUUUAGUUAGAGCCGAACAAGAGAAAAUUCGUCUGCAAAAAGAACAAGAAGAAGCCGCUGCAAGAGCCAAAGCUUUGGCACUUGAAGAAGCUAGAAUUGCCGCUGAAAGACAAAGGAUUGCAUUGGAAGAGGCCCGAAGAAAAGCAUUAGAAGAAGAAGAAGCAAGGAGAAAAGCCUUGGAAGAAGAAGCGAGGAGAAGGGCUUUGGAAGAAGAAGCAAGGAGAAAGGCAUUGGAAGAAGAAGCUAGGAGAAAGGCCUUGGAAGAAGAAGCGAGGAAAAAGGCCUUGGAAGAAGAAGCGAGGAGAAAGGCCUUGGAAGAAGAAGAGAGAAGAAAGGCCUUGGAAGAAGAAGCGAGGAGAAGGGCUUUGGAAGAAGAAGCAAGGAGAAAAGCAUUGGAAGAAGAAGCGAGGAGAAGAGCAUUGGAGGAAGAAGCGAGGAGAAAGGCUUUGGAAGAAGAAGCGAGGAGAAAGGCCUUUGAAGAAGAAGCUAGGAGAAGGGCAUUAGAAGAGGAAGCGAAAAAGAAGUUAUUAGAAGAAGAAUCGGGGAGAAUCGAGUUGGAAAAGCAAAAGAGGGCAGCUUUGGAGGCAGAAAAUGAAAGGUUUGCCGUAGAAAGAAGUAUGAAUUUGUUGAAACAAAAUGCUUCAAUCCAAAAACGAGAAGUUGAAUUCAGAACCCAAAUUAUUCAAGAAGUUCAAUCCUCUGAAAAUUUGGUAGAAGUGAUGGAAGUACCAAGAUUCAUUACACCAUUAGCUGAUGCUGUUAUUCAAGAAGGAUCCAAAUUCUCCUUCAUCUGCCAGGUCUGGGGCAAUCCAACACCAACCAUUACCUGGUAUAAAGCUGGGGUACCGAUCCAAAAUAAUCCAGAUUACCAAACUAGCUAUGACCAGGGAGUUUGUAAACUGACAAUAGAGGAAACUUUCAGCGAUGAUUCAGCUAGAUAUACUUGCAAAGCUACCAACCCAGGUGGUAUUGCGGAGACGAGUGCGUUUUUAUCAGUGAAAGAGACAGAGCCACAAGACCAACUCCUUCCACCUUCUUUCGUGAGGCUAUUAGAACCAGCUUCCAUCAAAGAGGGAACUUCCUUCGAGUUUCAUUGCAAAGUGGAAGGAAAUCCCCUGCCUAAUGUCCAAUGGUACAAGAAUCAAGAUUGUGUCGACUAUGCCCCAGGAUAUCAAAUAACUUAUAAUAAUGGGGAUGCUAUCUUAAGAAUCGAAAGGGUCGAAUUGAAAGAUAAAGCGGAAUACACUUGUAAAGCAUCGAAUCAGCUUGGAACUGCCCAGUCAACCGCAAAUCUUAUUGUGACUCCUAUGAUUCCUACACAACCUCCAUCAAUACUGGUGCCACUUUCUAAUGUAAUGGCUAGGGCUGGACAGAAAAUCAAAUUGGAUUGUGAAGUAACAGGUCUUCCAACCCCAGAAAUUGUUUGGUACCAGAAUGGAUUUCCUUUAAAAGAAACACGUGAACUCAAGCUACAACGCGAAGGUGACAGGGCGACACUAGUUAUUUACGAAGCAUUCCCAAAAGACGCCGGCAACUACCAAGUGACCGCGACUAACGUGGCCGGAGAAGCUACCAGCGUUUGCAGCGUUUCUGUGAAAGGCCGCCUUCCCAAUGAAACCUCAGAUUCGGAGAUCGCCAGCGACAUGGAGCCCGUGAAACCCUCGAUCCAGUUGCCGUUGACCGACGUGACGGUCGCCGAAGGCAGCAGAGUGAGGUUAGAUUGUGUAAUAGUUGGCCAGCCUGAGCCGGAAGUCAUUUGGUACCACGACAACAGACCCGUCAAGGAGUCUUCAGAUUUCCAGCUACUCUUCCAAGGAGACAGAUGUUCCCUGGUGAUCCAACAGGCGUUUUCUGAAGACGCUGGGGAUUACAGGGUGGUAGCAUUGAACUCAGCCGGUGAAGCUUCCAGUAGAUGCUGUUUAUUCGUCAAACCAACUGAAACAGCGCCAACUGCCGGUUCUGAAACUGAGAUGGAUAAACCCGUAGGCCAUCCUCCCAAAUUCAACACGUUGCUGACUGAUAUUCUGGUGUCUGAGGGUGACGAAGUUAAGUUUGAAGGUAAUGUGAGCGGACAGCCCACACCUGAAAUAAAAUGGCUGUUGAACAAUCUACCGAUAACACUCAGUGAUAACGUGCAAGUGUCUCAUGGUGAAGACGGCAACAUCAAACUGGAAAUCAAACAAGUGCAACCGCAAGACAAAGGUGUUUACACAGUGAAAGCGGUGAACGAGCACGGUGAAGCCAAAUGCUUUGCACAGUUGAUAGUCAAAUCAUCCAAAGUUCCGGAAACGGUGAAGUACGAAGAAGUGAAAACACCGCCAGUAUUCACGGAAAUGUUCAACGAUAAAACGGCGUUUGAAAACAGCGCGACCAAGUUCGAGUGCAUCGUUACAGGAAAGCCCAAACCAAAAGUGAAAUGGCUGUUCAGAGGAGAACCACUGAGCGGUAACAACUUCUUGGUUUCAACAUCAGGCGAUUGGCAGGUUUUAUCCAUACCAAAUAUCACUAGAGAUACUGAGGGAUCCAUCACGUGCGUUGCUGAGAAUGAAGUGGGAACAGCUAGUUGCGCUGCAAGAUUGACCGUCCAUUCCCUGUCGACGAUAACACUUCCGGAUCAAAUGAAUGUUGAUCAUUUCACAGAUUCUUCGUUUUCGAUCAAGAGGGAAGUCCAUACUGAAUCUUCUACGAAAAUGUCCAGCAGUGUUAUGUCAUCGGGUAUAGAUUUACCACAACCUCAAACUAAAAUACAUAGUUUUAGUUCUCACAGUGAAAAAACCUUCAGGCAGUUGAACCAAGAAAAGCCAGAGAUAUCGGAAUCACAGAAUGUCGAAGAAUAUUUACAGUUGGACAAUAAUCAGCCGAUCAUUCAUGAGAAAUCAUCCUCCACAUUUUCCAAUAUUCAGUCACAAUCUGAACCGAAAUCUAUUCUACCUUCCUUCAAAGUUAUUGGAAAAACAAGAGCGCCAAAGUUCACGACGCCGGUCAUCGGAAAAAUCGUGGAUCAGAAUACAACAGUUGUUUUAGAAGGAAUCAUAGAUGGACAGCCUACACCUACGGUCACUUGGACCAAAAAUGGCAAGGAAAUAAACUUUUCCGAUAAGAUUUCGGCCACAUGGGAAUUCAAUAAGGCUUCUCUAGAAAUAAAAGAUACCAAUUCCAAUGACGCAGGACGAUAUACCUGCACGGCAAUGAAUGAAGCUGGAACAGCGAUCAGCACAGCAGAUUUGGUAGUCAGAAAAACCAUAUUCCCUCCAGUUUUUGGUAGGAGACUUCAGGCUCAAGUUAUAAAAAAAGGAGACAGGAUUAUCAUGGAAGUUGAGGUCACUGGUACACCUGAACCAUCGAUAACGUGGUUCAAGGAUUCAAUUCCAGUGGAGCAAGCUUUGAAAGAGAACUACAGACUGAAAAGUUGUGGAAAUUCUUAUACUUUAAUAAUCGAAAAAGCCGAUCUCAAGCAUAGUGGAAGAUUUAUGGUGAGAGCAUUAAAUUCUGGCGGAGAAGCACAAAGCAUAGCAGACAUUGCCGUUUUCGAACCAACACCGGACACUAUGGUGGAAGUUGUGAAAACUGUUGUUUUCGAAGAUGUUCGCAAGCAUGAAACACUGGAACUGACAGCCACCCCCAUAAUAACGAACGUAUCGACCGAAAAACGAGAUGAAUCGUACGAGAUCCAGCGAAAGAUGGAGCACCAUUCCCGCGUCCAACACCAAUCGAGGUCCAAAACGACAAAAUGCGCACCGCCACCCAGUCCUUCCAAAUUCGUCAAGGGCGAAUUCAGGGAAAGUGAUUACGAGAGCGACUAUGACAAACCCAUACCAAAAAUUUGGAAACCCGGCGGUCCGGAAGACACACCAAACUUCAGGCCAGUAAGACCAGUAUUGACGCCUUCCGGUAGACAUUCGCAAGUAGGUAAGACCCCACCACCUCCAACGGAAUUCGAAGAACCGCUGAAGACGGUAGGACCUCUACGUCCGAAAUUCGAGCCGAUCGAGAAGCCGGUCGAGAUCUCGAAGCCUGAAAGCAAAUCGGUAAUAUUCAAGCCCAAACCCAUAACUGCCACUCAAACAACGGACAUAACACGUUACGUGCCACUAAGGCCAGGUACACCACCUGAAAUGGCCUACGCCUCUUCUCCGCAAGCAGUCCAAUACUACCGAUCGACCACAAGCAUGCCUUACCACAACGCCAUCCAAACAGAGACCUCCAACAAGGUCCAUUUCAAAGAGUCCAGCGAGAGAUGCCACCGUACCGUUAGCGUGGAACAAAGCACCAAAGUGAUCAAGUUUGGCGAAAAACAAACUGGGGUUAAGAUAGAGCCUUAUUCGGAAACGAAGAGAAUUAGAGGUCCACCUCCCACCACUCCUAAGAAAUUCGUACCUGGAGAUUUCAGGGAGAGUGAUUACGAGAGUGACGUCGAGAAUGUGAAGAUCAAACCGAAAUGGGCACCUUGCGGCAGUGAUACCGAGGACCUCCAUUAUAGGCCUGUGAGGCCUCCAUCGUCAGCUUCGCGUUCCUCCAGCGUACCUCCGAAAGAGCGUGUUGUAACCCCGAUGGAGUUCGACAAGUAUCCCUACAAACCUACGGACGCAACAGAUGGGGAGAUUAAGAGUUCGUUCAACAAAUUCUCUUCGGCGAGUAGUAAUCAGCUGACAACUAGAAGUAGAUCGUACGAACCUUCGAUGAAGAAGAUCGACAUACAGCCCGGUUCUCCACCAGAGUACGGUUUCAUUUCGGAUCCCAAAUUCAAGUCCAAAGCGACAUCUAUCGCUUCCCACCACAUGGACAGUAUGACGCAGGAGUUCAAGUCGAAGACGCAAAAGUUCGUGAAAGAUAUAAUGAACGACGUGGAGCAUAAAACGACACCGAAGAAAUCUAUUUUGAAGAACGGCGAAGAUAGGGAUGCGCAGGUUUACAGAGAAGAAACGAGAGCAGCACAAUAUGGAACUAAGCACGUAGACCCAGACACCGGUCUUAUAUACUUCAAGUAUGACUUUGGCUACGAAUUCGGAAUAGUACUCCCUGGUGAAAGUAAAAACGGGGGAAUACCAGAACGUCCCAAAACUAUAAUAGAGCCUCCCAAACGUACCAGGGAUAUCGAAAUGCCCGUGUAUCACGAGACCACCCAUCAGCCAAUGAAACAGCACCUCAAACCGAAAACCCAGAAGACCUCCAACAGAAACAUCAAAUGGGAACCGACUUCAGAAAGUGAACUGUCCGAAUAUGAAGGAAACGCGAAAAGAAGUCAAGGUUUGAGAUGGGAACCUUCUUCAUGUAGUCCUGUUUCUUUGUCGCCUAGUUUGCCUAGUACAUCACCCGCUUUCUAUAGUUGCUUAGCAGGUUCUGAAAAACAAAGGAUGACAGAUACUCCUCCGAGCUGUCCUGCCACCCCUGUCAAUGCCAGUAAAGGACCCCCUGGUCCUGUGAGAGCUCCAAUGUUCAUAACGCCCCUGAGAAACAUCGCAGUAGUGAGUGGACAAAAUGCCAAAUUUGAAUGUAUCGUUCAAGCAGAACCUCCUCCAAGUGUACUCUGGUCGAAGAAUGGUAGAAUCAUUGAAGACUCAAAUGAUUACCAGCUUCAUUAUAGGAAUGGAGUUUGCCGUUUAACGAUUUCCAAAGCAUAUCCAGAAGAUGCAGGAACUUAUACGUGCACUGCGAACAAUGUUGCUGGAACUGCGAGCACUACCGCCAUAUUGGAUGUCCCAGGUGUUCCAUCGCAUAUGUACGGAACGUACAGGUACAAAAACACAACAAGGAGUCUGUCCCCUGAAAUAGAAUUUUAUAGAAGACCUGAACCACCGGAAUUGUUCGAUUCUGUCGUGCAAGGAGCGCAUCAAGGAUACCAACAAAUAACCGGAUUCGGCCCUAAUGCCCAACCUCCAGUCUUCGAGAAGGUAUUCAGUAAUGCCCGUUUCGCACAAGGCGGUGUGGCAGCAUUCGAAGGCCGCGUGACCGGAAAACCACAGCCAACUGUGACUUGGACCCGCAACGAAGCCCCACUAGUCAAUUCAACCAAACAUAGAUUGUCCUACAACGAAACGACUGGAGACAUCACCCUCCAGAUACAUCAAAUCGGCCCUGGUGACGAGGGCGAAUACGUGUGCACCGCCAAAAACCAAUAUGGCGCCGCUAUAUGUUCCGUCUACAUCCAACCGGAAGGAGUGCAAAUGCCCCACGUACAAAGACAAGGAUACCAGAAGGUAGAAGAAACCACGACCUACACAAACGGACACUUUGUAGAAGACUUCAAAAUCGAUACGUUCGAGUAUAGAUUGCUUAGGGAAGUUUCGUUCAGGGAGUCCAUAACUAGACGAUACGUUAACGAAAAAGACUCGGUUAUGUCGACAACCAUAGAAAAAUCACUGGGACCACCAGCGCCACCUCAGAUAGCUCAGAAACCUAGAAAUUCGAAACUUCUCGAAGGUUCCGACGCUGUUUUUACCGCUAAGUUAUCUGGUAACCCAAGAUCGAGGAUCACUUGGUUCAAGAAUGGACAAAGGAUCACAGAAUCCCAAAAAUACGAAACGAAUUACUCAAACAAUCAAGCUUCAUUAAGAGUCAAACAGGCUCAAAGUCAAGAUUCGGGACACUACACGUUGCUCGCUGAGAAUCCUCAGGGUUGCGUGGUAUCCUCAGCCUUUUUAGCUAUUGAACCUGUAAAUACUCAAGAAGGCCUCAUUCAUGAAUCUUCCUUCAAACAACAAAUGACAGAAGUUGAGCAAACUGACGCUGGAAAAACUCUAGCACCCAAUUUCGUCAGAGUGUGCGGUGACAGAGAUGUUACAGAAGGAAAGAUGACUCGCUUCGAUUGUAGAGUAACUGGACGUCCCUACCCUGAAGUGACAUGGUAUAUAAAUGGGCGUCAAGUUGUAGACGACCAUAACCAUAAAAUAUUAGUGAACGAAUCUGGUAAUCACGCCUUGAUGAUCACCAACGUGAGCAGGAACGAUUCAGGAAUUGUCACCUGCAUCGCAAGAAACAAGACUGGAGAAACUUCAUUCCAGUGCAAUCUGAACGUGAUCGAGAAGGAACAAAUGGUGGCUCCAAAAUUCAUCGAGAGAUUCUCGACAAUGAACGUAAGAGAAGGGGAACACGUUGUUCUGCAAGCAAGGGCCGUAGGAACCCCUAUCCCCAAGAUAACGUGGCAAAAAGAUGGCGUUGCACUCGCCCCAGGGCCGAACAUCCGCAUAUCGAGCGAUGGAGGAGCUUCGGUUCUGGACAUCUCGAAUGUCAAGUUGACUGACGCCGCUUGGUAUCAGUGUACCGCUCAGAAUGUUGCCGGUUCGACUGCCACCCGCGCCAGGCUAUUUGUCGAAACGCCACAAGGACCAACCCCCGAACCAAGACGUCUGCACCUGCCUCGUCCAACGAAAGUCAUCGAACCUGAACCCGAACCUGGCCCAGAAGUGAUUUACCUCCGUCAUGUUGAACGUGCCAGACCUCACGCACCACCCUCAGAAGCUGACCGUGUUUAUCCACCGCCUCAGUUUAUAAUACCGCUGCGUGAUGCUGUACAAUUUGAAGGAGGUAAAGUCCAUUUCGAAGCUAGGAUAGAACCUGUUGGCGAUCCUUCCAUGAUCGUGGAAUGGUUCGUCAAUGGAAAACCCUUGGAAGCAAGCUCCAGAGCUACUUCCAUAUUCCGUUUCGGAUUUAUAGCACUAGAUCUGAUAAGCUUAGUAAUGAGAGAUAGUGGAGAAUACACCUGUAGAGUAACCAGUUCUACCGGAUGCGUAGAGUCCAGAGCUCUACUCUCUGUCAACCCUAGAGCUUCGAUAGAACAAACUAGUCAACAUCCGGAGAGUCUGCAGUACAUCCAGCAACUAGAAGACUACUCCAAAUUCCAGAGGAGCGAAAGCUACGACGAAACGGUUAACCAAAGACCACAUUUCAUCCGACCGCUCCAUGACCUUGGUGAGCUCCAGGAGGGUAGAAAUGCCCAUUUCGAAGCUCAGCUGACACCUGUCAGCGAUCCGACAAUGAAGGUGGAAUGGUAUAAAGAUGGAAGGCCGAUCACGGCCAGUUCACGAAUCAGUACGAUAUUCAACUUCGGCUACGUUUCUCUCAAUAUUUUGCACCUACGGGCCGAAGACGCGGGAUCUUACACUGUUCGUGCUGUUAACCGUUUGGGAGAAGCUAUAAGUACAGCUACUCUACAGGUCAUCGUCAGAUCCACUGUAACCGGAGAUUUGGGAAUCCCGGAACAACAAAGAUAUAUCGAACAAGUGGAGCAGUUGGAAGCUUACCAACAAAAGCAACAUCAAAAGUAUGUUCUGGAAACUCCAGAAUGUUUAGCUCCACCGGAAUUCAAAACUCCGAUAAAAGAUCAACACCAAAUACGUGAAGGAGGAUUCGCUCAUUUUGAAGCACGUUUGGAACCCGUAGGCGACUCGACCCUUAAGGUUGAAUGGCUUAGGGAUGGAAAAAUCAUCGAGGCUAGUUCAAGAAUAACUAGCUUUUUCAAUUUUGGAUACGUCGCUUUAACAAUCAAGGAUGUAACUGUACAUGAUGUAGGUAAUUAUACCUGUCGCGCAUACAACGCGAUUGGACAAGCUACCACUACAGCUCAGCUGAGUGUGGUCAGCAAGAAAGAUAUUGUCUUCGAUUCACAACACCCAGGAGGACUACAAAAAAUUCAACACUUAGAAGAUUCUAGCAGAUACUCCAGGAAAGAACAAGAAGAAGUAACUGUUACGCAAAAACCAAGAUUCAUGGGACCCCUUAAAGGCACCAACAAAAUUGUUGAAGGACAAAGAGCUCACUUUGAAGCUCGAGUAGAACCUCAAAACGACCUGACCAUGAAAAUUGAAUGGUACCAUAAUGGUAGACCUAUUCAAACUGCCAAUAGAAUACAGACAUAUUACGAUUUUGGAUAUGUAGCUCUUGAUAUUAUGAGUGUUAGGGCAGAUGAUGCAGGUACUUACACAGUAGUUGCAAGAAAUGCUUUGGGGGAAGCCCAAUUGUCAGCAUCAAUGGUCAUUGAAACUCGUGCAAGCAUCGACACAAGAAGUAUGCACAGGGGAACUUAUGAUAAAACCAAACACUUGGAGGAGUCCAAGUUUGUAGAGCCUCAAUAUCAAAUCGAAGAGAUCUCUAAAUCUAAACCGAUAUUUGUGGUACCACUCACAGAUCCACAGCCAGUGUCUGAAGGCAGAAAUGUCCACUUGGAAUGCCGGUUAGAACCUAUGGGAGAUCCGACCAUGAGAGUCGAAUGGUACUGCAACGGAAGGCCAAUCACUGUUGGAUCUAGAUUCCGAACCUACAACGAUUUUGGUUUCGUGGCACUCGACAUCGUUCAUGCUACUGCAGUCGAUUCGGGUGAAUAUACCGUAAGAGCCGUGAAUCACUUAGGUUCUGCUCAUACAUCAGCUUGCGUAAGAGUUAUAGGAAGAUCGGAUAUAAUCACAGAUACUCAGCAUGAACAAUCGUUGGAACAAAUUCAGUAUCUGGAAGAUUCAUCACGUUAUCGUAAACAGGUAACCGAAGACGUUCAAGUACUUCAAGCGCCUCAAUUCACUAGACCGUUGCAUAAUAUUGAAACGGUGGAAGGCACGAAUAUUCACAUGGAAUGUCGCCUCCAACCUAUUGGAGAUCCAACUAUGAAAGUAGACUGGUUCGUGAACGGUGUACCUGUAAAAACAGGACAUCGUUUCAGACCAGCCUAUGACUUUGAUUAUGUUGCCCUCGAUCUGCUCAGUGUAUACCCAGUAGAUUCUGGAGUUUACACUUGCCAGGCUAGGAAUCAAUUAGGAGAAGCAGUGACAUCUUGUUCUGUUAGAGUCAUUGCCAAAAAAGAUUUACUUCUUGAAUCGCAACAUCCUUCCGGCCUGGAGAAAAUUCAAUAUCUUGAAGAUUCUUCUAGAUACAAGAGAACUGAAUUCGUCGACGAACAGGUCACAACAAGGCCCAAAUUUAUCACAAAACCCAAAAGCUACGAUAACAUGUCUGAAGGUUCACAUGCCCACUUUGAGUGCAAGUUGGAACCUGUUACCGAUCCUAACCUUAAAGUCGAAUGGUUCAAAAACGGUCGUCCUGUUACCGUUGGUCACAGGUUCAGACCAAUUCACGACUUUGGUUAUGUUGCUCUGGAUAUUGUCGACUUGAUUGCAGAAGACUCUGGAACGUACACGUGUCGUGCAACAAAUCUUGUAGGUUCGGACGAAACAGUUUGCGCCCUAAGAUGCAGAGCAGGUGGACAAAUAAUAACAUCGUCACAGAACGAACAAGGUCUGCAACAGAUUCAGCACCUUGAAGACAGAUCCCGGUACCACAGAAGAGAAGAAAUCGAUGAAACCACAACUCAAGCACCUAUUUUCACCACGUCUUUGAAGAACAUUGAAAUCAAGGAGGGACAGCGGGCUCACUUCGAGUGCCGCAUAAUACCGGUUUCAGAUGCUACGAUGAAAGUCGAAUGGUUCCAUAAUGGCCAACCGCUGAAAUCAGGAUCAAGAUUCACGGAAACCAACAGCUUCGGCUUCGUGGCACUAGAUAUUCUUCACACAUAUCCUGAAGAUUCUGGAACUUAUACAUGUAGAGCGACCAAUGCUCUGGGAGAAGCUGUCACUUCAUCCGUCUGUUUGGUGCACUCUAAGAAAUCCAUUUAUUCUGAAACUGUGCACGAGGGUGCUCUUAUGAAAUUACAUGAACUGGAAGAUUCAAGUCGUAGUCAACGAACAGUUGUACAAGAGGAGAUUGUCACACAAGCUCCAGUAUUCACAAUGCCAAUCAAGGAUCUACAGGUUGCUGAGAAUCAAGCUGCUCACUUUGAAGCUCGUCUCAUUCCUGUUGGUGAUUCCAGACUUAAAGUGGAAUGGCUUAGGAAUGGAGUACCAAUUGAAGCAUCAAAUCGAUUGACAACAAUGCAUGAUUUUGGAUAUGUCGCCUUAAAUAUGAAAUAUGUGAAUCCUGAGGACUCUGGUACUUACACAUGUAGAGCUGUCAAUGACUUGGGUGAAGCAGUAACAUCUGCCACUCUAUUCGUGCAAUCUAAGGCUUCACUUCAACUGGAAUCGCAGCAUGAAGGAGCUCUUCAAAAACUACGUCAGUUGGAAGAUCAUACAAAAUACCAACGUCGCGAAGAAGAAGAAGUUGUUGUAAACCAAGCACCGCAUUUCACUACACAUUUGAACGGACCAGCAGAUUUGGUCGAAGGACAGAGCGCUCAUUAUGAGUGCAGAAUAGAGCCAUACCCCGACGCUAAUCUUAAAGUUGAGUGGUUGCAUAAUGGUAAACCACUGACCACUGGUCAUAGAUUCCGCACUGCCUACGAUUUCGGCUUUGCUAGUCUGGAUGUAUUAUCUGUAUAUGCCGAAGAUUCCGGAGAAUAUACUUGUAGAGCCACAAACCGUCUAGGUACAGCAAAAUCAUCAGUUACAACAAAUAUAAAAUCGAGAGCCUCUAUCAUCAGAGAUACUCAACAUGAAGGAGCACUGGAUAAAAUCCACUACUUAGAAGACGAAUCUAAAUACAAACGUGUAUCGAGAGAUGAAGCAGUUCUCUUGGAAAAGCCUCAGUUUGGUAGGGGACUGAAGAAUAUCGAAAAUCUAGGUGAAGGAUCCAGCGCUCACUUAGAGGCCACUCUAACACCCGUGAAUGAUCCUACCAUGAAAGUAGAAUGGUUCUGCAACGGAAGACCUAUUCUGACUGGACACAGAUUCAAAACAACUUACGAUUUCGGUUACGUAGCAUUGGAUAUUCUCUAUGCGUAUGCUGAAGACUCCGGAACUUACAUGUGCAAAGCAAGGAAUGCUGUCGGUGAAGCUGUGACAACAGCAGCUAUAUCCGUAAAAGCCAAGAGUGGCUUAGAAUUAGGAACACUCGAUGAGCAAAGACUCAAGAAAAUCAGAGACCUUGAAAGCUACGAAAGACCUAAAAAGGAAGAAGUAGAGCAAGCUCCUCAGAAACCAGUCUUUUUGACACCACUUAUGAGUUUGGAAAAUUUGAAAGAGGGAGAACAUGCUCAUUUAGAAUGCCGAGUUGAGCCAAUAAACGAUGCAAAUUUGAAGAUCGAUUGGUUCGUGAAUGGUGUGAAACUUAGAGCUGGUCACAGAUUCAGAACAACACACGAUUUCGGUUACGUUGCAUUAGACGUACUAUAUACCUAUCCAGAGGACAGUGGUACCUAUAUGUGUAAGGCUACCAACUUGGUUGGUGAAGCUGUGAAUACAUGCACUAUCAGAGUAGGUGGAAGAAAAGGAAUCAUUUUAGAUACACACCACCCGGAAGGUCUCGAAAAAAUAAGAGAAUUGGAAGCACAAGGACAUCCAACACGUUUGGAGGUAGAUGAACCUAUACCAACACCACCUAGAUUUACAGCUGAGCUGCGAGGAACCACAGAGAUAUAUGAGGGUCAAACAGCCCAUUUCGAGGCUCAAAUUGAACCAAUAAACGACUCGAAUCUAAAAAUAGAGUUCUAUCACAAUGGAAAACCAUUGCAGUCAGCUUCCAGAUUCCAUACCACAUUCGAUUUCGGUUAUAUUGCAUUAGAUAUUGGACAUGCUGUACCAGAAGAUGCUGGAGAAUAUACAGUUAAAGCCUUCAAUCAACUUGGAGAAUGCAAAUCUUCUACAAAUCUUAGAGUUAUAUCCAGAGAUAAUAUUAUUCUGGAAUCGCAAAGACCUGAAGGUUUAGACAAAAUUCGUCAGCUUGAGGAACACCAACCAUACAAACGCCCUGACUAUGAAGAACCAGCAACUCGCCAAAGACCUGUAUUCACCCAACCAUUACAGAACAUCGAUUAUAUACAUGAAGCUGAAACAGCUCAUUUCGAAUGCAGACUCAUUCCGGUUGGAGAUCCUACUCUCAAAGUUGAAUGGUUCAGAAAUGAAAAACCAAUCGAAGACAGCUCCCGUAUUACUAAAGUACAUGAUUUUGGUUUCGUAUCUCUCGAUAUAACCCACGUACGUGAUGAAGAUCAAGGAGUUUACAUGUGCAAAGCUUCAAAUCCCUUGGGAGAAGCCGUAACCACUGCAUCAAUGAAAAUCAAAACCAAAGCCAGCAUUCAACUCGAGAGUCAGCAUCCUGAAGCUCAAAGACGCAUCCAACAGCUGGAGCAACCUUUGGCUCCCAGAGAGGAAGAACCUGAUCGUGAAUUCGAGAAACCUUUCUUCACCCAGCUCCUUAACGGACCAACAGAACUUUGGGAAGGGCAACAUGCCCAUUUCGAAGCUCGUGUUGUGCCCGUUGGAGAUCCUAACCUAAGAUUUGAAUGGUACGUUAAUGGAGUUGAACUGAAGUUAGGAUCCAGAUUCAAAGUCACCCAUGAUUUCGGUUUUGUGACCUUGGAUAUUAUGUCCACUGUACCCAAUGACUCUGGAGUAUACAUGUGCAAAGCAAUCAACAAGGCUGGAGAAGCAGUUUCGUCCAUUUCGAUGAAGGUCAAAUCUAGGUCAAACAUAAUGGGUGAACCUCUUCAACCUGAUGCUUGGCAGAAGAUUCAGCAGAAAGAAGCUGACAUGAAUAAAGUACCUGAAAUGUUUGUCGACACUACACCUCAACAACCACCAGUUUUCACUACUCAUUUGAAGAGCUACGACAAAUUGGUCGAAGGUCAACAUGUUUAUUUGGAAGCUCAGGUAGAACCACGAUCCGAUCCACAUUUGAAAGUAGAAUGGUUCAAAAAUGGAGUGUCACUCAAUACCGGUACCAGAUUGAGAAGUACAUUUGAUUUUGGUUUAGUGACACUUGCCAUCAAUGGUCUCAGAUCAGAUGAUUCAGCUAUUUAUACUUGCAAAGCUACCAAUUUGAUGGGUGAGGCAAUUUCAACGUGCACACUCAAAAUUGAAGAUAAACAUUGGCUUCUUGGACAAACAUUACAUCCAGAGGCCAUACCAAAACUUGAGGAUUUAGAGAGGACACCUGAAGGUCGACCAGAAGCUCCAGAACCUACAUACGAGCUUCCAAUGUUCAUCACUCAUUUGAAUAACGUGGAAUGUACGGAGGGUGAUUCAGUUCACUUCGAAUGUAAUGUGGAGCCUUCUAAAGAUCCAACAUUGAAAAUUGAAUGGUUUGUAAAUGGAAAACCAUUACCUAGUGGUUCUAGGUACAAAUCUACUUACGAUUUUGGCUAUGUCGCUUUAGACAUAACUCACUCAUACGAAGAAGAUUCUGGAAUAUACACAUGUAAAGCCACUAACAGCAAAGGCUCAUGCACUACUUCUGGUUCGUUACGUUGUACUGGAAAAUCUAAUCUCUUCUUCGAUACACAACAUCCACAAGGAAAGAUGGGACUGGAAGCUGUGGAGCAAGUAGAACAAGCAUACAUGGAUAAAUACAAACGGUCAGAAUCUGUGGGUGAAAGUGCAUAUCCUAAACCCAUAUGGACCGUUCCACUGAACCCUGAGUUCCAUUUAGGAGAAGGCCAACCUCUGCAUCUGGAGGGAACUGUUGAGCCUAAAGAAGAUCCCAAUAUGAAAAUCGAAUGGUUCUUCAACGGAAAAUCGUUAGAACACGGUUCCAGAUUCAAACUCACCAGUGACUUCGGAUUCGUCACCUUAGAUUUAACAGAUGUCUAUGAACGUGACCAAGGAAUAUACACUUGCAAAGCUACCAACAAAGCAGGAGAAGCCUUCACUUCCACAACAAUUUACUGCACCUCUAAAGCGAAUCUCAUUGAGCGCACCCAACAUCCUAAAGGACAAGAAGGACUUGAGAAAAUACAGAAUCUCGAAGAUUCUCUCAAUAGGCCUGAGAUUCCGAUGGCUGAGUCAGAUGAAGGACACGCUCCAGUAUUCACUUCAGAAUUCACUGACUUGACGAAUCUGACAGAAGGAGAAAUCGCUCACUUCGAAGCUGGUUUGACUCCAAUCGGCGAUCAGAGCAUGAAAGUAGAAUGGUUCUACAAUGGUAAGACCAUCGAGGCUUCACAUAGAUUCCGAACUGUUCACGCGUUCGGCAUGGUUGUUCUGGAAGUACUAGGAACAAAGAUUGAGGACUCUGGAACUUUCACCUGCAAAGCUACAAAUAAAUGGGGAACUGCCACACAAGAUGUUACUCUCAGAUGUUCUGAGAAGAUUCAUGGGGAAGCUCCUAAAUUCACAACACAAAUCAAAGAUAUUGUUGGUCUUAAAGAUGGCCAAUCGGCACAUUUCGAAUGUACCUUGACGCCGGUCAAUGAUCCUAAUUUGAAAGUUGAGUGGUUCCAUAAUGGACAACCAAUUCUACAAUCUUCAAGGAUAAAAUCUGUAUCCGACUUUGGUUUCGUAGUACUAGAUAUUUCUUAUAUUCAAAAUCACGAUUCUGGAGAGUAUGUCUGUCGCGCAAGCAACAAAUAUGGAGAAGAUUUCACACGAGCAACUAUUUCUGCCCAUGGUAAGGGCGGUGUAUUCUCUGAGAGUCUACAACCCGAAUCUUUGGCUAGAAUUAGGGAGUUGGAGAGUCUUCAAGGACAACAAGCCCAACCGUUACCAACUCCCGUUGCGGAACCUCCCAAAUUCAUCACUCAGAUCCAAGAUAUCACAAAGUUAGUUGAAGGCCAAAGCGCCCACUUCGAGGCCCGUUUAACACCAGUCACCGAUCCUGAUUUGGUGGUGGAAUGGUAUUACAAUGGUAAAAAAUUGCCACAUGGUCACAGAUAUCGCACCUUCCACGAUUUCGGUAUCGUAAUCUUGGACAUAUUGUAUUGUUAUGAAGAGAAUUCAGGAGUUUAUGAAUGUAGAGCUCGUAACAAGUACGGAGAGGAUUCUACUAAGGCUACGAUGAAAUGCGUAUCGAAGACGAAUUUGAUCUUGGACUCGCAACUACCGCGGGGCAUGGAGGGAGGUCUAGAGAAAAUACAAACUUUAGAAGAUUCAAUGAUACGACAACGCGAAGAGAAAACAGUAGAGGAGAAAGGAAAGGCUCCAGUAUUCACUGUGCCAUUAUCCAACAUAGACAAUCUCAGAGAAGGAGAAAGCGCUCAUUUCGAAGCCAGGUUGAUACCAACAGACGAUCCAAAACUCAAAGUCGAGUGGUUCUGGAACGGUAAAUCGCUCAGAACUGGUUCCAGAUUCAGAACCUUCUGUGACUUCGGCUUCGUGAUUCUUGAAAUAUCCCCAGUAUAUCCAGAGGAUUCUGGCGAGUACUCCUGCAGAGCUUUCAACGAAUAUGGAGAAGCUGUAACAACCGCUUCCAUGAAAAUACAAGGCAAGCGUAACAUCAUACUCGAAUCCCAACUGCCUAAAGGUAUGGAAGGUACCAUUGACAGAAUUGCCGAACUGGAAGGUCUGGGAGCUAUACCUUCACAACCAUCACCAGAAGAUGAUACGGGAAAACCACCAGAGUUCAUAACAAAUCCAUCUGAUUUGACUUUGAUCGAGAACUCCUUGGCUCAUUUCGAAUGCAGGUUGACACCCAUCAACGACCCAAGCAUGAGAGUCGAAUGGUUCCACAACGGCAAAGCUCUAUGGUCUGGAUCACGCAUCAAGACCAUCAACGAUUUCGGUUUUGUAAUACUUGAAGUUGCCGGCGUUUAUCAGAGGGACUCAGGAUUUUACACUUGCAAGGCUACCAACAAGCAUGGAGAAGCGACAGUCUCGUGCAAGCUGCAAGUGAAAGGAAGACAAGGUAUCAUAUUAGAACCACAAUUACCGUCUAGCUUCAGAUCUGGAACAGAGAGUAUCCAAAGACUGGAAGAAACUCUCUACAAACGGGACGAAAUAAUGCCGGAGGAAGAGAAACCAAAUCCGCCAAAGUUCAUUGUUGAAAUCAAGGAUAACGUUGACGUCCCUGAAGGCGGACCUGUACAUUUCGAUUGCAGGGUAGAACCUACAAACGAUUCGUCCAUGCGUAUCGAAUGGUACCAUAAUGGAAGACCUUUCGCUACUGGGUCGAGAGUCCAUCAAAUCAACGAUUUUGGGUUUAUCUCACUAGACAUCGACUACACGUACGCAAGAGAUGCUGGUGAAUACAUCUGCAAAGCCACCAAUAAAUGGGGUUCUGCCAUCACUAAAGCUACAGUCACAUCCAAGUCUAAGAGGAAUAUCGAUUUUGAAUCUCAGCUUCCUUCUGGAAUUAGUGCAGAAAAACUCAAAGAGCUUGAACGUGGUCCUGUCCCAACAACACCACAAGAAGAAAAGGUUUUCACGAAACCCAAAUUCAUAACUCAAAUCCAAUCAUCGACUGUUGAGGAAUCGGAAACAGUCCACUUCGAAUGUCGUGUUGAACCCAAGGACGAUCCCAGGUUGAGGGUCGAAUGGUACAGAAAUGGUAAACCUUUGCCAUCAGGUAGUCGGUACAAGAACAUCUACGACUUAGGUUUUGUAUCAUUGGAUAUUUCCUAUUUCUAUUCUGAUGAUGCCGGUGAAUACGUAUGUAGGGCUGUUAACGAUCACGGUGAAGACUUCACCAGAGCCAGUGUUUCGUGUAAAAAAUUACCAAACAUUAUUCUGCAAAAUCAAGUUCCGAAGGGAAUGAAGAAGUCUGAGACUCUCAUGCAAAUGGAGGCUGCCAUCAAAAAGUAUACCUCCGAGAUCCAUCUGACUGAAGAAGAUUUAUACGAUGUCGAUAAAAAACAACCGCCAAGAUUCGUCACACAGAUUCAAGACCAAACAGAACUGGUAGAGAUGAACACCACCAAGUUCGAAUGUCAAUUGGCUCCUGUUGGUGAUCCGAAUAUGAAAGUGGAAUGGUUCUUCAACGGAAAACCACUUUCUCAUAAAAAUAGAUUCACUCCCAUCUAUGAUUUCGGUUAUGUCGCCAUGAAUUUCGGUUGGGUAUACCCCGAAGACAGUGGCGAAUAUUUGUGUCGUGCCACUAAUCUGUACGGUCAAGACGAAACCAGAGCCAUCAUAAAAACAACCGGAAAACCAGGAAUCAUAUACGAAUCUCAACUGCCUAAGGGUAUGAAGAGUAUCGAGAAAAUAAGAGAACUAGAGGCAGCAUGGCAAGUUGUACCUGAAGGACCAGAAGAAGAAUCCAAACCUAGACAAGCUCCAGUGUUUGUCAGCCAGCCUGAACCUGUCAUCGUGCAAGAAGGAGAAUGGGCUAGGUUCUGUUGUCGUGUCACAGGCCAUCCACGUCCAAGAGUUAUGUGGUUAGUAAACGGACAUACAAUCGUCAAUGGCGCACGCUAUAAGUUGACCUACGACGGAAUGUACCACAUGGAUAUACCAAAAACUAGGCAGUAUGACACUGGAAAAGUCGAAGUGAUUGCUCGCAGCGCAGCUGGUGAAGCAAUUGCUGAAACAGAAUUGAAAAUAGUACCAAGACAUGAUGACUACAGAAACGUAUUGAAAAAUUCUCCAAGACCAUGGUAUGAUCUCGAACUAUCUCAAUACCAGAAAGAAAGGCAUAACACAGAACUCGAAAAAAUCUUCGAUGAAAGAAAUACAACUCUCAGAGAGAGUGGUAUGCAAGGAAUACAUAUUCAGCCUAAAGAAGUGAAAGAACAAGAAACGGAAUGGCAACAAUCCAUUAAGAAUAAGAAGAGUUCAGAAUACUAUAGUAAAUUACAGGAAUUAGAGAAUGAGCAAAUUACUAAGGAAAUAAAAUUGAGAGAAUCAAACCACCAGUUUGCUAUUCCUGGAGAGAAGGUUGUUGCAAAUUCUGUUGCGAAAGGAAUGGCACAAAAAUAUCAAGAGAAUUUAGAAAAACCAGAAACUAGCCCGCACAAAGUACAACUGAGAAAAGUGAACAGAGAUAACAAAUACCAAACGAAUGAGGUGGAGAUAGACUCAAGAACAGGAGCUUAUCCUCCAGACCCAACUGAGUCCUCAGUACAUGGAAGAGAGGUUCACGUGACCAAACAAAAACAAACACAAAAAGAAAUACAAGGUGAUUUGGAGAUUACUCGCAACAUCACAGCUACUGAGACCACUGACGUAGAACAUAAAGCUAGAACUCAAGAGAAACUGGUUCAAGGUCAAGUAUUGCCGAGCAAUCCACCUUUCUUCACUAAGAAGAUCAAACCAUGCAGAGCGUUCGAGAACGACUCGGCCAAAUUCGAAGUAGAGUUUGAUGGAGAUCCGUUGCCAAAGAUAACCUGGUACAGGGAAGAUUUCCCGAUAACAAGCUCACCGGAUCUUAAAGUCUACACAUUCAGCACAAAAUCGAUUCUGCAAAUCAGACAAGUCUUCUUAGAGGACUCUGGCGUUUUCAGCGUUGUUGCCGAAAAUCGUGGAGGCACAGCGAAAUGCAGUGCUAAUCUGGUCGUUCAAGAACGCAGAAGAGCUGGUAGAACAGGACCGAUUCCACCCAGUUUUGUCACAACGAUUCAAAGUACAACGGCACCUAUCGGCCAGUUGGUCAGAUUCGAUGCUAGGAUAAAUGGGACCAAACCAAUAGACGUUUACUGGUUGAAGGAUGGUAAAAAAAUCGUACCUGAUAUCAGGUACAAGACUCUGGAAGAAGACGAGGUACAUACUCUUUUGAUACUUGAAGUAACAUCUGAAGAUUCCGGUAAAUACGAAUGUGUGGCCAUCAAUAAUUCAGGUGAAGCUCGAUGCGAAGCGGAAUGUUUGGUACAAACACCGUCAUCUCCAACUAAAACAGCUAAACCUACAACUCCUAGUAUGGAGAAACAACCAACGCUUUUGGAGCCGUUGAAAGAUCAGACCAUCAAAGAGGGACAAGCUGCGGCUUUCAGAUGUAAAAUCACAGCAAAACCUACUCCUACUAUCAAAUGGCAAAAAGGAGAUAAAGUUAUCAAGCCCUCCAAAUAUUUCCAAAUGGUUAAGGAAGGAGAUUAUUGCAUUCUGAAAAUAAGUGAAGCCUUCCCUGAAGAUGAAGGACUUUACAAAUGUGUGGCCACCAAUCCGGCUGGAACUGUCACCACCCAGGCAAACCUUAAAGUCGUUCCACCAGAGACACAAGAAGUUCCACCUUCUUUGACUCCAAUGAAAGAUAUAACCGUCCAAGAGGGAAGUCCUGCUCAGUUCAAGACGAAGGUGUCAGGGAAACCUAAACCUACUAUUCAAUGGCUACGAGAUGGUUUCCUUAUACCUGAAUCACCAGACUUCCAGAUGAUCCAUGAAGGAAAUAACGUAGUCCUUCUUAUAUCGACAACCUACGAAGAAGACACUGGAACAUUCACCUGCAGAGCAACCUCUUCAGCUGGUCAAGUUGAACAAUCGGCGAAAUUAAGUGUUAAAAAGCGAACUGCUACUUAUCGAAUAGAUAAGUCCAAUGACAAGAUAAAAGAUUUGGCCACUGAUGAAUUGUCAUCAAAAAUCCAUCAAACACAACCAGGAGUGGGUACGACACCAAAAUAUGUUCCCAACACCAAAAAUGGUGUACAGCCAAUGGACGAAGAACAACUACCAAAAGGAGACGAAUCUCUUCCUUGGCGAAGGAAAACAUCUAGAGCAACGAAAGAAAUUGAGAGUAAAGCACCACAGGCUCAACCGUGGACUUCGGGAAAAGUAACGCUCAAGAAAACACAACGGGAUGUUAAAAAAACCGAUUCAUUCAAACCAGAAGAAAUAUCGCUCAAGAAGGUGCAGAUAUCAAAAUCUGACACUGAAGAGAAAAAACUAGAAGCUGUUAAUAUCAUUCGUAGGAAACUACAAACUGUUAUUACUGAAUCUUCAUCGGUAAAGAGUGGAGAAAAGGUACAUUUGAGUGAAUUGAAAGAUGACACUGAAAAACCAAGUAAAGCAACUUGGAGAGAAACCGAAGACAGUGAAAUUCUCGAUUACGAAGAAAAAGAGCGGGGAAUGACCUCAAAACAAACUGUAGAACUAGAACAAAGGGGUUGGAGAAAACAAAGAUUGUCCAAAAUGUCACAUAAAGAAGAUAAAGAAAUACUUCAAGUAGAAGAGACAGAGAAUGAAACACAUAAAAAUCCAUCGCAACCAACUGAAACAAAAGACUGGAGAAAACCAAAACCUGUUGAUAGUGUCAUUGUACAUGAUAGAGAAGAUAAUGAGUAUCUAAAGGUUAAGGAUACAGAGGAGACCACCAUCGCUAAAAAGCCAACUGAUUAUCAACAACCUGAUAAACGGGACUGGAGAAAACCAAGAUCUCAGGAAAGAGGCUCGAAACAUACGGAAGAGAAAGAAACACUUCAUAUUCGAGAUCAGAAAACUGUUUCGAAAGAAACUAUUGAGAAACCCGGAAAAAGAGACGAGCAAAAACCAGAAAAUCUUCAAAAAACACAAACUCAAGACAGAGAGGAUAAAGAAAUCCUCAAAGUACAGAAAUCAGAGGAAGAAACUUCAAAAGUAGAAAAGAAAGAAAAAGAUAGAGCUCCACGAAAAGAUUCCGAACAACCUGAAGAGAAAGCCUGGAGGCAACCAAGAUCCAAGGUACACGAAGAAGAUAAAGAAAUAAUAAAAGUGGAAGAAAAAGAACAAGAGUUAGCUACUAAGCCUCUCAAGAAAGAGGAAAAAGAACCACAACCAUGGACAAAUCAAAAAGUACUUCUCAAGAAAACACAACGUGAUGUAAAAACGAUAGAAAGAGACGAUUCUUCGAGAACAGUUCGCCAACCAGUAGAAUCUCAGAUUUCAGAUCAACCAAAUGAAACGGAAAUCACUUCAGAAGUAACUCAGCAGACUCCUUCUGAUUCAGUGAAAACGACUGAAAGAGCUGAAGAAACGACUGAAACGAAAAUAUUACCAUGGGGUCAAAAAGUUGUGCUCAAAAAAACCAGACGGGAAAGUAUUAAAACUUCAACAGAGCAAAUAGAAGAAGUACAUCUGAAGCCAGUGAUGAAAGAUAAUAUAAGCCAAAAAAUAGUAGAAUCUUCAGAUCUACCAAUAGAACCACAGAAAGAGCCAAUAGUUCCAAAGAAAUUACCUAAAGAAGAGAAACCAACAAUUAGUGAAACAAAAGAGGAGGAGGUGAAAACUUGGCGUAAAUCUAAACCAAAGACUCCAGCUGAAGUACCAACAUCUGAGGAAAUUCCUAGUGGACAAAUUGUAUUGAAUGAACAGGAAAAAAUAUUGACUGAAGAAUCAAAAUUACCGUGGGGUGAAAAAAUACAACUGAAGAAAACUAGACGCGAAAGUGUUAAAACUUCCACUGAACAACUUGAACAAGUUCAUUUGAAACCAGUGAAAAAAGAGGUUAUAUCUAACAAAAUAUUGGCAGUUGGUCCAGAAAAAGCAACCACUGAAACAAUUCCACUUGAAGUUAUUCCAACGAAAGAGGCCGAAGAAAUCGAUACUCCAGACCAACCUGUUUCAACAAAACCUCACACUGUUGAGAAUAAGACACAUAUUGAAUCUUCAGAAAAAAGAUCUUGGCGCAAAACUAAAAAAGUACAAACAAAAGUAGAACAAGCCGAAGAUAAUCAAGAAAAACCUGAGAUCGUUCCAAAGGCAAUUCUUGAACAACCCAUAUCACAGCCUUGGACAGAAAAAGUAUCAACUACAGAAGUUGUUCCAGAAGAACUUAAAUCACAACCAGUUGAACAAAAAGAAACAGAUCGAUCUGAAGUCAGAAGUUGGCGUAGAGGGCAACAAAAACAGUCAAAAUCUACAAAAGAAAUAAUUGUCGAUGAGAAUAUUCCUGAAAAGAAACCUAUCGAAUCACAACAUCCAGUGGUGCCUCAACCAAAUGCAGUCGAGGAAACUGAAAAAACAUUGCAAUCUCAAAAACGAAUAAGAAAGAAACAAACGAAGAAAGCUUCAUCUGAAGAGAUUGCCGACGAAAAAGAAUUCAAAAAUGAUGAGGAAAGUGUGUUCCACCAAACUGCAGAAGAGACAUUGGAACAACCACAGCCAGUUGAAAUUAUCGAAGUAGAAACUGUUACAGAAGAUACGAUUGUAUUGAAAAUUGGAGAAGAUGAACGGAAAAAGUUGAGAGAAACUGAAAUGAAACCAGAAGUGAUAAAACUGAAACCUACUCCAAAAACUGUGAAGAAAAUUGAAACAACAGAAUUAGAAAAGGUGGACCUGAAGUCAAUACCUAAAAAGCCAAUGGCAAAAGAAAUUGAAUCAGUAAAGAAAGGUGUAUCUACAGAGCCGGUUCAACUAGGAAAACUCAAGCAGCCUGAAUAUACUCAAAGUUUAUUGGAAGAUAUCUCAAUAAUUCCAGAUCUUUCAAGUGAGGAAGUAAAAUCGAAACCAGAUGAUAAAAAAGCUCCAAUAUCUGAAGAGAUUGUUCAACCGGUUGAAGAAACCAUACCUAAAGCUCCUUGGCGCAGGUCAUCCAAAGACAAACCUAAAGAAGAACAAGAUAAACAACAAUUAGUCAUAGGAAAAGGAAAGCUGAAAGAAGAAGUUCCUACAGUAGAAGUCGUUAAAUUGAAGCCAAUCAAAAGAACAGAAACUGAAAAGAAUAUUGAAACCGUCAAGAUGGAAACAAUUUCGUUCACCCCUGAUGAAUGUCAACUUAUAGAAGAAAAAAUAAUUGAGUCAGAUCUGAAUAAACCAAAACAAGAUCUUGCUCCUGAGAAGGAAAAAUCGAAACCAGAAGACACAAAAGCUCUAACGCCUGAAGAAAUUGUUCAACCGGUUGAAGAAACCAAGCCUAAAGCUCCUUGGCGUAGGUCAUCUAGAGACAAACCUAAAGAGGAACAAGAUAAACAACAAUUAGUCAUAGGAAAAGGAAAACUGAAAGAAGAAAUUCCUACAGUAGAAGUCGUUAAAUUGAAACCAAUCAAAAGAGCAGAAAAGGAAGAGAAUAUCGAAACAGUCAAGAUGGAAUCUAUUUCCUUCACCCCUGAUGAAUGUCAACUUAUCGAAGAAAAAGUAGUUGAGUUAGAUCUGAAUAAACCAGACCAAGUUCUGGCUCCUGAGAAGGAUGAAUCGAAACCAAAAGAUAAAAAAGCUCCAGCGCCUGAAGAAAUUGUUCAACCGGUUGAAGAAACCAAGCCUAAAGCUCCUUGGCGUAGGUCAUCUAAAGAGAAACCUAAAGUGGAACAAGAUAAAAAACAAUUAGUCAUAGGAAAAGGAAAACUGAAAGAAGAAAUUCCUACAGUAGAAGACGUUAAAUUGAAGCCAAUCAAAAGAACAGAAACAGAAGAGAAUAUUGAAACCGUCAAGAUGGAAACGAUUUUGUUCACCGCUGAUGAAUGUCAACUCAUAGAAGAAAAAAUAGUCGAGUCAGAUCUGAAUAAACCAGAACAAAAUCUUGCUCCUGAGAAAGAAAAAUUGAAACCAGAAGAUAAAAAAGCUCUAACGCCUGAAGAAAUUGUUCAACCGGUUGAAGAAACCAAGCCUAAAGCUCCUUGGCGUAGGUCAUCUAAAGACAAACCUAAAGUAGAACAAGAGAAACAACAAUUAGUCAUAGGAAAGGGAAAACUGAAAGAAGAAGUUCCAACAGUAGAAGUCGUUAAAUUGAAACCAAUCAAAAGAACAGAAAAGGAGAAGGAUAUCGAAACAGUCAAGAUGGAAUCUAUUUCCUUCACUAUCGAUGAAUGUCAACUUGUAGAAGAAAAAAUAGGUGAAAUAGAUCUGGAUAAAUCAGAAAAACCUGAGACAAAACAACCAGACGAUAUUCCCGAAGUAAAGUCUUGGCGUCGUGGUAAAAAAUUGUCUAAAGAAAUCGAGAAAAAACAAAAGAAACAAGAUACAAAACCAGAUAUGAAAAAACCAACCGAUGUAGUAUUACCAACUGAAAGUUUAGAACAUUCCGUAGAUGAAAUUAAAACGGAAUUAAUUCCAACUAAAGUAGACGAUAAAACUCCAGCGGAAGCUUUCUCUGUGGAAGAGCCUGAUUUGAAAUCUGUAGCAGCUAUAGAGUUAAGUGACAAAGAUGUUCCGGCAAAACAACCAGAAAGUAUUUCUGAAGAAAUUCCAACCGAAAUAGAAGAGUUCAAAAAGGAUAUGAAGGUCGAUGUUAUUUCAAGAAAAACCAAACGUACACGCGAGUUCAUCAAAAUUGAAGAUGGUGGUCAACCUAUACCAGAACUAGAAAUUAUUUCCCAAAAACGGGUUACGAAACAGUCAAAGAAAGAUGAUGUGAGAACCAAAGAAGAAUCGACUUUUACAGUCAUUGAACAAGCUAAACCCAAACCAGUUCCACCGAAAUUCAUUAAGAAAGUUGAGCCUGUGGUUGCCGAGUUGGAUAAACCAGCUAAGUUCACAUGUACAGUAGAGGGAAAUCCUUUCCCAGAAAUUUGUUGGUAUAGAAAUGAGACUCCGAUUUCUGAAAGUAAAAGGGUACAUGUUGAGAUAAUAGAACAUACUGUAACAUUGAUUAUUGAAAAAGUUAUUACUCAAGACAAAGCAGUUUAUUCCUGUAGAGCAUCCAACUGCGCUGGUUUAGCAACAUCUACAGCCAAUCUCGUUAUAUUAGAUAAAGAAGAGGAAGGUGAAGCUCCUAAAUUUGAAGAACCACUGAAACCUCAAAUUGUCGAUGGAAAAUCUCCUGCUGUCUUCAAAUGCAAAGUAAUUGGUCAACCAACGCCUAAGGUUAGAUGGUUCCGGAAGAAGGAUAACAAAGAGAUGAAAUCCGACGUGAAGAAAAAAGUAACAUAUGACGAAAAAACCGGUGUCAGUUCUUUAGAAAUCUUAAAACCCACAGAAGUCGAUGAAACUAUUUAUUCUGUAGUAGCAGAAAACAAAUUCGGAAAAGCAGAAUGUCAAUCAAAUUUGGUUAUAUCAGAAGCAACAACUGUUACCAUACCGGAAAUAUUGGAGGCACCAGAGAUAAUCAAACCUCUCGAAUCUGUGAUAGCCAAGCCUACUGAAGAAAUCGUAAUGACGGCUGAGUUCAAGGCAACUCCGGCUCCAGAAAUCACAUGGUAUAGAAAUGGAAAACCAAUUGAUAAGGAUGACGACUACAUUAUCACAAAGAAAGCGAACAAAACCCAACUUAAGAUCAAGAAGACAGCUAAACAUAAGGGUGGAAAGUACGAAAUUAAGGUGACAAAUAAAAGAGGUGAGGCUAGAACUUCAAGCUCCGUCUCUAUCACACAAGAAAAACCUGAGGCAAUAGCUCCCAGUUUCGUCAAAGUAGUUAAACCUCAAUUCGUUAGUGAAGGUGAAGUUGUCAUUCUGGAAGCUACUGUAGAAGCUUUUCCAAUUGCAUCUUUCCAGUGGUUCCAACAUUCUCUGCCAAUAACGUCAUCGAACGAAAUGAGAAUCGUGACUCAAGACAAUAGAUCUUCGCUGAUAAUCACAGAAAUGACUCCUGGUAUAGCAGGUCCAAUAACUUGUCGAGCCGAGAAUGUUGCAGGUUCCGUCACUUGCACAGCUACCCUAGGCGUCAUUGAAGAAACUGAAUGGGAGGAGACCAGAGUGUUGGAAUCUCCGAAGUUCAUUGAGAAAUUAAUGCCUACUAGAGUGAUGGAUGGAGAAAAGGCAGUCCUCAGGUGCACCGUGAGAGGUAAACCAACACCUAAAGUCGAAUGGUACCACAAUAACAAAAUCGUGAAGCAAGCUAAAGACGUUAUUAUAACUCAGGACACAGAAGGAACCUGUGAACUGGCGAUUUCUGAAGUGUUUCCUGAGAAUGCUGGAGAAUAUAUUUGUAAAGCUACCAAUAAAUUGGGAGAAGCUAUUUGCGUAUCUACUUUGGUUGUCGAGUCCUACGAAUAUAUUCCAGACUCUGAGUUAGGACAUUUCACUGGAUCUGAAGAAGAUUUACUGGAUAAGACAAUAAGCGAAUCCGAAAUCCAAUCAGACAGUGAUGUUGAAUGUGCGCCAAAAAUAGUCAAAAAACUUCCUCAGAUAAUUUCAGCAAAAGAUGGUGAUGUUACAAAACUUGAAGUACAAGUAACUGGAAAGCCUAAACCGAAAGGCAGAUGGCUCAAACAUGGAGAAGAAAUACAACCAUCAAACGAAUUUGUAAUCGAAGACUAUGAAGAUGGUACUUGCGUUCUCACCAUAUCCGAAGUAUAUCCUGACGAUACUGGAGAAAUUGUGUAUGAAGCGCAAAAUCCUCUUGGGGUAGCAGUUACCUCAACUGAACUUUUGGUGGAAUCUGUAGAAGGUAUUGUUGGCACUAAAGAGUACAGGAAACCAGAGUGGGUUACCCAUAUGGAAGAGCUACAAAUUGCAUUGCAAGAGUCCAGAGCUGCACCUACCUUUGUUAAGGAGAUAACAGACAUCAGAACAACUGAAGCAGAAACGGCAACAUUUGAAUGUCUUUUCUCAGGAACACCAACACCAGAUAUAAUAUGGUAUCACAAUGAUAAGGUUAUUCGUAAUACUGAAAACAUUAAAAUUCGAAUUAUGGAUAACAAAACAACUUGUACUAUAAAAGAAAUUUCCAAAGAUAACGUGGGACAGUACGUCUGUAAGGCUGUUAGUGAUGCAGGUGUCACAGUAACCAAGGCUAAGUUAUAUGUCCAAGAGAUACCGGAAUAUAAAAAGAAAGAAAUUCUCAUCAGAAAAGCCAAAGAAACUCAAGAAACUAUAAAGAAAGAACGUGUAAAGAUAGAAAAGAAAAGGGAAGAAAGAAGAAGAAGGGCAUCCCAAACAUACACAGAAAUUGAAGAGAGUCAACCUGUUGUUGUUUCAGAAACUCAUGUCAUUGAGGAAACUAAGGAAAUUGAAUCCACUAUAAAGGAGGAUAAAGCAAAACCAAUUUUAGAUAUUCAAGAACCGUUGAGAACUGAAGCAGUAGCAUCAUGUAAGAAAGUUCAGGAGGUGGAAGAACAAGAGAAGCCCAAAGAAUCAGCACAACCGGUGAUAAUUCCUCAAGAAUCCAUAAUUACAGAGCAUAAGACCCUAGAGGAAAAAGUAAGCAAACUUGAAGAAGACAAGGAUGAGAGACAGAAAGCACGUAUCGACAUCCAAGAGACUUUAUCUUUAGACUUUGCUGACAUAACCGAAGUGAAACUUGAACAAAUUAUAGAGCGCGUAGAACAGAUAAUCAAGAAGGGGGAAGUAAAAAUGGCUAAAGAAGUUAAUGAACUAUUAGAAUUCAUAGACGUCAAGCAGUUUGGUCCCGGAGAACAACCUCUGAGGGAAAUUGCUGAGAUCGGCUACCUAUUCAAACACGGUAUAACCGUGAAAGAAAUAACUGUUCUUUAUCAGGAGAAUAGGUUCCCAUCACUGAAGACACCGCAAGCUCAAUCGGCAUUGGUCAAUGUUGUCGAAAGGAAAGGUCAUGGUGCUUUGAUUUCUGAAGUUUUGACAGAAGAAACCACAAUCGAUGAGAGUAAGCUGGCAGCAACUGUAGGAUUCCGUGCCUUCAUGAAGAUGGUGGAAUCAGAAUAUGUGACUAUUGAAGAAGUAAUCACCAACUUCACUCCAGAAGAUUUCAUCUCGAGAGCAUGGGAAGCCACUGAGGUGACUGAGGAAAUGGUUAAGCCUUUUUUCAAAGAAAUGGUCACUAUCUCUGAAGAAGUUGAAAUUCAUGAAGAUAAAGUACACACCACCGAUAAAAGAAUCAUCAGAAAAGAAACCAUUGAAGACGACGAACACACGAAGACAACAGUGUUAACUGAAGAAAAAUCUGUCCCCAAAACUGAAGACGACACUGAAACGGAAGAAGUAGUGACUAGAAGAACAACAAAACAAAAGCUCGAGAAAAAAAGGGAAAAGGUAAAGGAAACUGAGAAAAAACGUGAUGAGAAAACAAAAAAUAGUGAGGACACAAUGGACGAACAAAUUACUAUAAUAGAGAAGACUGAAAAAAGGAAAAUCUUCAAAAGUAAGCCUGAAAGUAUAACUUUCGACGAUGAGAAAGUUGAUAAACUCUUGAUAACAGAAGAAACAAGUACAAAGGUCCUGCCCGUGCAAAGCACCAACAUGAUAUCGGAAGCUAUUACUAUUUCCCAAGUGUCGCACACAGAAAAAAUAGAUGAAUCUACCAAAGCAAAAAUGCUGAUGAUACCUCAGUCUGCUUUGGUGAAAGAAGAAGUUGUGGUUGGUGAAAGUGAAACAGAAAAUGAAAUACCCAAAAUCAGUUCAGUGAAGGCUGAAACUCUGGUCGAUGCAAUUGAAACAUAUCAGACAAGUGAACAAUUUCCGCAAGCAGUACCUGGUACAUUCGAGAAAACGUUCGAGGCAGUAGGUAGCAAGGCUUCCGAAAAUAUAGUGACAAAUGAAAGUAUUACAAUAGAGGAGAUCAACACAGGAGAUGUUUCAAAAACAUUUUCUAGAGAAACAACAAUUUUAUCAAAAGCUGACGUUUCUCUUCUGGAACAAGAAGCAUCAACGGUGUCAGAAACUCAAUUCGAGAUCAAAGAAGCUAUCUUCGAAUCAUCAGAAAAACCUAAGACCUCAAAGGCGGUACCAAAUUUCAGUGAACAAAAAAGCGUUAAUAUCGAAGAGAUUGUAGAGGCUGAUGCAGAAAAUAUUUACAUCCCUUCAAAAACUAAUCUUAUCAAACCUAAAAUGGAUAUAGAAUCUAAUGAGUCAUUACUGGUUGAAGAAGUACGCUCUGAGAUCAAACCUGGCAAGUAUUUACCAGAGGCUUUUGUGCCGACUGAAGUAGCAUCAGAAAAAGUUAUACCUCAAAUAGCUUUGAAUCAGACGGAAUUGGUAGCCGAUGAGGUUGAAGGUGAUUUCAUCAAGCAACGACUACCUAUAGGUCAGAAAGCUGAUAUCCAGUUCAGUAUGGAACAAGGUAUAAUAACGUCUGAGACUGACAUACGCGUCAAAGAGGGUUCUUUGGAUAACUUUAAAUCCCAACAAGAAAGAGCGUUGGAAAAUAUCAUCCUCGCAGAAGGUCUCUCCGUUACAUCUGUCGAUUCACAAAUACCGCAUACAGAUCUUGAUAUCGAAAAGGCGGAUGAAAAGACAGCCUUGGUCGUCAUUUCUCCGAGGGAAUCUGUAAUCACGUCGACCAAUACAAUAGUAGAAUCCGAACAACUGUAUAAACCAGAAGAGAAAUCAGAAACGAAAACAGCAUCAAUUGAUAUCGCUUGUCUGGAAACCAGUUCUGUAGGAAUUGUGAAUAUACAAGAGUCUGAAGGAGACCUGAAACCAGAAAGCAAACCAACGUCGGUGGUGGCAUCCAAAAAUAUCAACCAAAUAGAAACCAUAGAAAUUUCGCAAGUACAAACAGUCGAAAUACCUGAAGAAUUUGAGAGGAAAUUCGAAUUCAAACAGGAUAAAGCUCAGAGGAAGAUAGACACACAUGAAGCUACUCAUGUCAGCAUAACACAGUCGGAAGAGAAAGAAUCUGAAUAUGAUAAAGCGAAACCCAAAUCGCUAUCGAUAGCACCUCAAAUCGAUGAGAAUGAAAUGCAGGUACAAAUAAGCGAGUCACACAUUAUGGAAAAAGAGAGCUCUAUCGUUCCUUUCGAAUUACCAGAUACUCAAAGAAGUAAAACAGUACCUGUCCACAUGCUUCCGACAGGAAUAACAGAAGAAGUUACAACGGAAUAUCGUACUUCGCCUUUCGACAAGAAGAAAUUAGAAACAACAACUGCAGAAGUCAAACAAAGUGUCCUAAAUGAAACUGUUAUAUCAGAAACACAAAUAGUUGAGAGUUUAGGACGUCACACUAUCGAUAAAACACCCUUAGAAAAGACAGCGGAAGUAAACGUGAGACUAACAACAAGUAUAAAUGUUGAAGAAAUCGUACCUCAAAUCAAGGAAGACAAACUUACCGUGAAAGAUUCACCUGAGCUAUCCAGAGCCACUGCUGAUAUUGAAUCGCAACAAAUAGCAAGCAUUUCUUUGGUUCAGUCUCACGAUAGUAUUGGAAAGUUCCAGAAAGAAAAACCACAAACUUUCCUCGCUGAAUUUCAAACAGAAAAUUUGGAAUCUUUACAAGUAAUCCAACAUGAAAUAGCAGAGAAAGAAUCCAAUGAAGUCACUCUGAACGAAAUUCCAACACGAGUCGCUUCAGUCGCAUUGAGUAAUGCUCAAGAAAGUAUCAAUAUAACUCAAGUAUCAACAGAAGAGAAAGAACAGGAAUAUAUCAGUGAGUCCCAACCAACUGCGCUCAAUGCUCUCUCCAUUGUCGCCCCCCAUGGGUUGACUGCGCAAUCGGAGAUGACUGAAACUUUAUCCAAUGUUGGAAUUGUUACUGAAGAAGAGAUUAAGAAGAAGAAGGCAAAAAGAAUAACCAAACCUUUAGAGGAGCUAAUUGUAACGGAAACUAACUUAAUUGACGUGGAAAAGCAAAUGGAAACCUAUGUAAUGCCAUCUCAUAAACAAGCAGCUGUAGACAUCACACCUGAACAAGAACUGCUAAUUACCGAAACAAUCACUUCUGAUAGAGAAGAAAAACUCAUUGAUGAAAGGCCUGUACCUUCUGUUGCUGAUGUAAAGAUCGGUGAAAAGCAUGUGGCAAUAAAAGAAACCACGGAUUCUGAAGUAUAUCCUGGAAUUUUCAAACGAAAAUCUCCAGAAAAACAAUCUGCGUCCGAAAACAUCGACUUGAGUUAUCAUGUGACUGGAAUUCAAUUCACAACUGCCGAGAAAGAAGGCGAAACUGAACAGAUCGUAAUGCCAGAAGGAAAGAAAGUGAAUAUAGAUGUUAUUGAAAUAAGUAGUGUCAAUAUAAGUCAGGACUUUGCGUACAACAAAGAAAAAGUAUUCGAAUCUCAAUCUUCUGGUAAAGAAGUCAAAUGUGAAACAUCCUUGAGCAGCCAUCCACUUGCUGUUACUUCAGAAACCCUCACGAAAGAAACAACAAGGGAAUUACCUGUCGAAGUAUCAGCAUCAGAAGGCAAAGCCUCCUCUGAGCAUCUGACAUUUGACAGUAUCAUAGGUAGUGAGACGAUAAUUCAAGAGAAGGAAGGAAUUUUAGAGAGAGAAUCUCCUAUCCACAAGCUAGCUGAAAUGGAUUUUCAAUUGGGGCAACCGAUUUCUGUAACAUCAAUCAUACAUGCAGAUAGAGAAAAGGAUUUGAUAGAAGAUUCUGUGGAUAAGCAUCAUGUUGAUGCAACAAUAUCACCACAAGAAGUUCUUACUAUCAAGGAAACAGUGGCUCAUGAUACCACAUCUGAAUUGAAAAGAAAAAUGCCGAAAACAGCUUCUGCCACGCGAAGCAACAUAACAAUGCAAGGUCUAGUCCAAGAAGAAAUGUUCAUCGGGGAAUCCGAAACAGAUCUCAAAUGUGAAGAAAGGAUAAACGAGAAAAAAGCUACGGUAGAUAUUCUUGAAACCAGCGCUCCAGUGAUUUCUCAAGUUUUUUCCAACGAAAGGGAAGGAGUACAAGAAAUUCAAUCAGAAGUUAGUCACAAAAAUGCGUUAGUUAAUAUUGAUUCGCAGCCGGUUGCUCAUGUAGAAAUUGUGAGUUCAGAAAGUAAUGUACAUGAUAUUGUUCCCGAAACACUAAAAACUAUGACAGCAUGUUUAGAUCAACCAACUCUAGAACAUUUGGUACAAACGGAACCUUUGGUACACGAAAUAGAGGAAGAAUUCAUCAAAGAAUCAACUAUAUCGAGUGAAGCCAGCUUAAGUGUCAUUGAAAAAACUGGAGUUAUUAUAACAGAAGUACAAAUACAUAGCUCUGAACUCCCACUGAAUAUUGAAGAAAACGCUGAAAAACAAGCUGAGCAGAUCAUAAUUCCAAGAAAUGUAAUUCUUCAAUCAGAAGCCGAAUUACACGAUACAUUUGGUCCAUUGAAAGUUCAUGCUCCAGAAAUGAAAUCAGCCACAACCGAAUUGACAAGUCUCAAUGUUGGUGUGGUUUCCGAAACUAUUUCAAAUGAAACUGAGGAAGAACACAAAACUAUUACAUCAAAAAGUGAAAACGCUGUGGCUUCCCUAGACGAAAAAAGACAUCUGAUAAUCGAGUCUCAUGCUGCAAGUGAUAAAGAAUCAAUAUUCGAAGAGUUUCCGAAGGAAUUGAAACUCGCGCAACCUAAUCUAGAGAAAUCAACCCAUGCUGUAGCAUCUAUAUAUGAAUCGCAGACUAACGAGGCCGUGUCCAAUCUAGAAGAGAAAACGGAACAAGGAGUCUGUGCCAAUCAAUCAACGUUACCUUUAGAAACAGUGUCCCAAGAACUGGUUACAGUGAUUGAUAGCGAGAAAGAACUCAUAGAAGGGAACGUUCCAGCAGCAGCAAAAGCUCUCCAGAAUAUCUGCCAAUUCGAAAGUAUCCAAAUAUCUCAAACGACCACCAAUAUUAAAGAAUCUGAUUUCAAGCCAAAUCAAAUACCCCUCGGAAAGUAUGCUACAUCAAAUUUAGAUGUUACUCAUAAAUUAGCAGAGAAGGGUACAGUAGAAACUAUCGAUCAUACAAAUAUUUUGAAGGAUAAUAAACCACAAAUUCAAAGAGCCUCUACCAAAGAGCAUUCUUCUGAAGCCAUAGUCAUCACAGAGCAAUUGGCACAGGAAACAGAAGUUCCAUUCUCAGGAAAAUUCGAGCCUAUCACCAGUAAUGCUCUAGUGUCCCUCGAUAAAGAAAAAGAAGCCUUGAGCGUUUCAGAAUCUCUUGUACAGUAUAAAGAAGACACUCUGAAAGAGUUCACAUCAAACAAAUUUGAACAGGCUGAUUUGAAAUUCCUCACUCAGCCAGUUCCAGAAAUCAGUCAAGUCAUCUCUCAAGAUACGACAAGGGAUCUUAUAUCUCCAUCUCAGAAGGAACAGAAGGCGGAAAUCGUUCAAGCAAUUCGCAGCGGAAUUACACAAAUUGAAACUCAGCCUGGAGAGAAAGAAGACGACUUCAGUGAUAAAAUAAAAUUUGUUACGAAAUUGGCAGAAAUAAAAUUAGAAGAAGGAAAAGCUAUUACUUCCUCGCAAGUAUUUCCGGUUGAGACUCCGACUGAAAUGCAUGCGCAAACUGAACCUAUAUCGGCAAAUGUGCAAGUCGAAGUUUCCAGUCAUUUCUCCAGGGAAACGACAGAAACUAUACCAGCUCAGAAUAUUCAAGACUUGAUGGCACAGAGUGCCACAUCCGUUACUGCCAAUCGCGAAAAUGAACCACUGCAUAGUUUAGAAAACUUCCAAAUUGAGCUUUUGGAAACUCCCAAAGAUCAGGUUGAGGCAGUAGUCAUGGUACAAAAAAAAGCGGAACGUAAAAUCGACCUUUUCUCGGAAGUUCAGGUGAAUCAGGUGGAAACUCAAGCACCUAUGAAGAGUAUUGGAGAAUUAGAGAAAAAAGAAGAAACUGCCGUUCCAACUUUAGAUCACACGUGUGCAUUACAAGAAACACAAAUCGUUGUGAACGAGAGUCUUGGCGACUUUGAGUCUAUUGAGAAAACGUCAGAAAGAGUCAACGUUUCUCAUUCUGUCUUGCAGAGUGUUACCCAAUCCAUCAACACAGUUCAUGAAUCAGAAAAUCCUCUCGAUAUCUCAGUGAAAGACAAAAAGUUUGCUGUUCCAGAAAUCGAUGAAGAGACUUCGGUCAAUAUCCAGCAAACUAUAGACUAUGAAAAAGAAGAAAAUAUGACUGACUUCGCCACCGUUGAUAAGCAAUUUGCUGAAGUAUCUGUUCCUUCGUAUAACAUGUCGGUAUCGGGAAAAAGUGUUGUUGAAGUUCAGGAAACUUUAGGCGAAUUCCAAGAAAAGGAACCAACGAAGAAAAUAAUUGAACCAACACAAGAUAAAUUCGAAAGCAUAAUCGUGACUGAACAACUUAUUCAAGAAACUGGAUCUGAAUUUCAUGCAGAUUCAACUCCUAGGAAAUAUCCUGAUGUUUCUCUGCAAACCGGUGAACAUAUGACAACAACAGAGGUUAUUUCGUCACAAAAGGAAGUAGGCCUCAUUGUGGAAGAAACUGAACAGAAACUGGCAGAAAAAACAAUAUCACCUCAAGUUGCAAUGCAAAUAUCACAAGCUGAUGUGAAAGAAACCUCAUCUUCCUUAGAAAUAGAAAAAUCAGAUAGUGUUCAACCAAUUUGUAGUCAAAUUACCUACGAGAAUGUAGUUGUUUCUGAAACCUUGACCAACGAGAAGGAGGAAAAGUUGAGUGAAGGAUGGAAACCGGAGACAAAAUCAGCCAAAAUCGAUUUGGGUGAUACGAAGGAAUCACUGAAUAUUUUAGAAGUCACCUCUCAUCAAUCUGAAAUCGAUCUAUAUGACUUCAAUCCAGCUAGUAAAAAAGCCGAGAUACUGAUAGAUGAACAGCCUUGUCUUCAGCAAACUGAAACUAAACCACUCGACUCGGUGCACGAUCUGAAUGAAGAAGGUGUGGAACAUAAAACCGCAGAAAUAUCUCAAAGCAAACAACAAAGUGUUCUUGUGACAGAACCAGUAUUUCAAGAGAAAGAACAAUCCUUCACCAAAGAUGAAAUCAUACCGAAAAAUAUUGCACCUACCUACACAGAGAAAGAUCAUAUAUCUGUCUCUGAGGUCUAUGUUAACCAGAGCGAGCAUGAGCUACUCAAAGGUGAAAUCACAACACCAAAGAAGGCCGAAACAAUUAUACUGAGUCAAGAAGCGAAAGAAAUUUCCGAGCAAACUGUACACCAUGCUGUUUCUGAUAUCAGUUCGGUUGAUCUUCAAACAACAAAAGCAACUGAAGAGCAUAUUCUUCUGUCAAAUAUAUCAAUUUCAGAAGUUAUUUUGAAUGAAAAAGAAGGAAUUAAAGGACCAGACUUCCUUCCACAAGGACAAUCUGCACAAAUAGGCUUAGAACAUCUUCAGAAGUCAGCUGUCGUAUCUGAAACCACUCCUCGAGAAUCAGAAGGGAUUUUGGACUGUGCAAAUGAGGAGGCGAAAGCUGAUUUGUCUCUUGUACAUAAAAAUAGUUUGAUGUUGAUGGAAAUAGAGUCCUACGAUACUACUGAUACCCUUAACGAAUCGAAACCUAUAAAUUUUGUGGCUUCUAUGAAUCAGGAUAAUCAGGAGAGUGUCAUAAUUACUCAAGCAACAACUGCAGAAAAAGAACUUGACCUGAUCGUUCCACUGGUUGAUCUUAAAUCAAGCAAUGUAUCAGUAUUACCAGAAGAACAUUUGAUAAUUACUGAAGUCAAAUCAUCACAGAAAGAAGAUACAUUGGAAAUAUCUAGAGCCAUAGAACAACGAGCUGAAAAAAAUAUCUCAACUCAGGAAGCUACUGAAAUUACAGAAAUCAGACCUGAAGAUAACUUGACAAAAUUACUACUGCAUGAAUCCGAAAGGAAACAGGCUCUCAGUGAGACCAUUCCUUACGAAUCACUUUCAAUACAAGAAGUUACAACUGAUGAGAGUACCGGAUCUGCUGUCCAAUUGCUAUCAGCUACUUCUCUGACUGCGAACACCAACCUCGAGUCUCCAAAAUCAACAUGUAUCACAGCUGAGGUGAAUGUAGAACAGAAAGAACAAUACUUCGAUAAAGCGGCCUCUGAUGAUAGGAAAGCAAAAAUAAAUGUACUAGAACAAAUAAGUUUAGAACAAACGAACUUCAGCGCAUUGGAUACUGCGAUGGAAUUACAAAGAACCGUUCCUGAAAAAGAAUCGGCCCUCUUGUCUCAAGAUGAGAUGAAUAGUUUAACAAUUACAGAUGUCAAGAGUGAGUUCGCUGAGAAACCCCUAAAGCAAGACGAUGUUACUUUUGAUCAAACCGCUACGGUUUCCUUGAUUCCAGAACGUCAUAUCUCAAUAACUGAAGUUAUAGCAGAUCAAAAAGAACGAGAAUUUCAAAUUUCCGAAAAACCGAAGACUACACAAGUUGAACAAAGCCAAGUACCUCAUGAAAAUAUAUCGAUAACUGAGGUGAUUUCUAGCGAAAGAGAAGUAAUCGAUGAAAACAUUUCGAUUCUUAAAUCUCAAAAAGCACAAAUGAGCCUUCAAAUGAAUGAAGGAACAUUGAAUGUAUCGAAGGUAGAAACUGAGGAAAAAGAAAGUGAUUUCACCUCAUCUCAACCUAUAAAGAAUGUAGCAGCUGAAACCUUUAUUGAAAAUACAGUUUCUUCCUGCAGUGAAACCAGUGCGUUAGAUACAUUGACACCGUUGAACCAACAGGUACCUAAGAAAGUAUAUAUAUCAGGUCAGCCAAUCUUCGCCGAAAGUAUAAUUGAAACUCGAGCAGAUGUUCAAGGUUCUACGAAGGAUAUUAGUUUAUCGGAAACACCUAAAGCUGAAGCGAUACUAAAUAUAAUAGAGCAGCAAAGUAUCACAAUAACAGAAGUUAAUACACAGGGCCAAGCAUCAGAUAAAGUAGAAGAAGUCAUAGCCAAAGAAACUACCUUUGAAAAAGAGAUAGAAAGUUUGCCGGUAGUCUUGAAAGAAGAAAACGUGUCCUUACUAUCCCAUCAAACAUUCAAGCCAGAUCAAAUUGGAUCCAAAACGGCUCAUAUAACCAUAACCGAGGAACAACAUGGUCUCAUUAUAACUGAUCAGAAAUCGACAGAGAAUAUAACAGACUUCACAUACGAUGAUGAGCAGAAGAAAAAGAAAAAUAUAAGUGUCUCCUUUGGGAAACAAACAAGUCUCAUAGUCACUGAGGUAGUUCCACAAGAAACUGAGGGUACAUUGGUAGAUCAAUCACAUGAUACAGUGAUAGUAAAUACCACACAAACUAAAGCUCAAACAAACACUGCUGAAAAAUAUACUCCAUCUAUCAAUUUUGACACUACAACUACAAAUGAAACACAUGAAAUUAUAACAACAUUCAAAAAAAUACCAGGGGAAAGUGAGCCCACAGCAACAACUAGAAAACGAACAAAAAAAGUUGAGAAUGAUUCUGACAUCAUAGUAGAUGAGAUUCUAGAUGAACACAAAGAUGAACGACAAACUACAGAAGUUUUAGUAGACAUCGAAGAAAUUGAGGGUGACUUCCCAUUAACAGAGAACACCAAUGGAAUUGUCGAAGAAGUCCAAGAUACAACCAAUAUAACAAAUGAAAAAUUUCCUGAAACUAUUGCCCCCACUUCUGUGAGUAUUGAAGAGAUAGAGUCACAUGCAGAGAUUUAUAUAGCCAAAGAACUACCGAAAGAGGUUACAGAACAACCAGAUGAAAAAGAAGUUUUAAAGAAAAAAAUUAUUCGGAAGAAGAUCAUUAAAAAACAGAAAGGUGACAAAGAGGAGAGGACGCAUAUCACAACGGUUGAAGAAGUUGGAAAAGAACCACAAAGUACAGUCACAGUUGAACUCGUUGAAGCUACUCCUGAAGAACCUGCAAUUGUCGAAAACUUGCCUGAAGAAGUCACAGAAACAAUUGACGACGAAGGUGUGAAACAUAAGAAAGUUAUAAAGAAAAAAAUAAUAAGAAGGACCAAAGGUGGAAAAACUGAAAACACGGAAGUGACAACAACAUUAGAAGAUGGAAAACAAAAAACAUCCGAGGUAACAACAUUUGAAAUCACUCAACCAGAAGACUUCACUCCCGAAUUAUUGGCCAGUACUGUUGUCGAAGAACUACCGGAAGAGGUUACGGUUACAGAACAACCAGAUGAAAAAGGAGUUAUAAGGAAAAAAGUUAUUCGGAAGAAGAUCAUUAAAAAACAGAAAGGUGACAAAGAGGAGAGGACGCAUAUCACAACGGUUGAAGAAGUUGGAAAAGAACCACAAAGUACAGUCACAGUUGAACUCGUUGAAGCUACUCCUGAAGAACCUGCAAUUGUCGAAAACUUGCCUGAAGAAGUCACAGAAACAAUUGACGACGAAGGUGUGAAACAUAAGAAAGUUAUAAAGAAAAAAAUAAUAAGAAGGACCAAAGGUGGAAAAACUGAAAACACGGAAGUGACAACAACAUUAGAAGAUGGAAAACAAAAAACAUCCGAGGUAACAACAUUUGAAAUCACUCAACCAGAAGACUUCACUCCCGAAUUAUUGACCAGUACUGUUGUCGAAGAACUACCGGAAGAGGUUACGGUUACAGAACAACCAGAUGAAAAAGGAGUUAUAAGGAAAAAAGUUAUUCGGAAGAAGAUCAUUAAAAAACAGAAAGGUGACAAAGAGGAGAGGACGCAUAUCACAACGGUUGAAGAAGUUGGAAAAGAACCACAAAGUACAGUCACAGUUGAACUCGUUGAAGCUACUCCUGAAGAACCUGCAAUUGUCGAAAACUUGCCUGAAGAAGUCACAGAAACAAUUGAUGACGAAGGUGUGAAACAUAAGAAAGUUAUAAAGAAAAAAAUAAUAAGAAGGACCAAAGGUGGAAAAACUGAAAACACGGAAGUGACAACAACAUUAGAAGAUGGAAAACAAAAAACAUCCGAGGUAACAACAUUUGAAAUCACUCAACCAGAAGACUUCACUCCUGAAUUAUUGACCAGUACUGUUGACGAAGAACUACCGGAAGAGGUUACGGUUACAGAACAACCAGAUGAAAAAGGAGUUAUAAGGAAAAAAGUUAUUCGGAAGAAGAUCAUUAAAAAACAGAAAGGUGACAAAGAGGAGAGGACGCAUAUCACAACGGUUGAAGAAGUUGGAAAAGAACCACAAAGUACAGUCACAGUUGAACUCGUUGAAGCUACUCCUGAAGAACCUGCAAUUGUCGAAAACUUGCCUGAAGAAGUCACAGAAACAAUUGACGACGAAGGUGUGAAACAUAAGAAAGUUAUAAAGAAAAAAAUAAUAAGAAGGACCAAAGGUGGAAAAACUGAAAACACGGAAGUGACAACAACAUUAGAAGAUGGAAAACAAAAAACAUCCGAGGUAACAACAUUUGAAAUCACUCAACCAGAAGACUUCACUCCCGAAUUAUUGACCAGUACUGUUGUCGAAGAACUACCGGAAGAGGUUACGGUUACAGAACAACCAGAUGAAAAAGGAGUUAUAAGGAAAAAAGUUAUUCGGAAGAAGAUCAUUAAAAAACAGAAAGGUGACAAAGAGGAGAGGACGCAUAUCACAACGGUUGAAGAAGUUGGAAAAGAACCACAAAGUACAGUCACAGUUGAACUCGUUGAAGCUACUCCUGAAGAACCUGCAAUUGUCGAAAACUUGCCUGAAGAAGUCACAGAAACAAUUGAUGACGAAGGUGUGAAACAUAAGAAAGUUAUAAAGAAAAAAAUAAUAAGAAGGACCAAAGGUGGAAAAACUGAAAACACGGAAGUGACAACAACAUUAGAAGAUGGAAAACAAAAAACAUCCGAGGUAACAACAUUUGAAAUCACUCAACCAGAAGACUUCACUCCUGAAUUAUUGACCAGUACUGUUGUCGAAGAACUACCAGAAGAAGUUACGGUUAUAGAACAACCAGAUGAAAAAGGAGUUAUAAAGAAAAAAGUUAUUCGGAAGAAGAUCAUCAAAAAACAGAAAGGUGACAAAGAGGAGAGGACGCAUAUCACAACGGUUGAAGAAGUUGGAAAAGAACCACAAAGUACAGUUACAGUUGAAAUCGUUGAAGCUACUCCUGAAGAACCUGCAAUUGUCGAAAACUUGCCUGAAGAAGUCACAGAAACAAUUGAUGACGAAGGUGUGAAACAUAAGAAAGUUAUAAAGAAAAAAAUAAUAAGAAGGACCAAAGGUGGAAAAACUGAAAACGCGGAAGUGACAACAACAUUAGAAGAUGGAAAACAAAAAACAUCCGAGGUAACAACAUUUGAAAUCACUCAACCAGAAGACUUCUCUCCCGAAUUAUUGACCAGUACUGUUGUCGAAGAACUACCGGAAGAGGUUAAGGUUACAGAACAACCAGAUGAAAAAGGAGUUAUAAGGAAAAAAGUUAUUCGGAAGAAGAUCAUUAAAAAACAGAAAGGUGACAAAGAGGAGAGGACGCAUAUCACAACGGUUGAAGAAGUUGGAAAAGAACCACAAAGUACAGUUACAGUUGAAAUCGUUGAAGCUACUCCUGAAGAACCUGCAAUUGUCGAAAACUUGCCUGAAGAAGUCACAGAAACAAUUGAUGACGAAGGUGUGAAACAUAAGAAAGUUAUAAAGAAAAGAAUAAUAAGAAGGACCAAAGGUGGAAAAACUGAAAACACGGAAGUGACAACAACAUUAGAAGAUGGAAAACAAAAAACAUCCGAGGUAACAACAUUUGAAAUCACUCAACCAGAAGACUUCACUCCCGAAUUAUUGACCAGUACUGUUGUCGAAGAACUACCGGAAGAGGUUACGGUUACAGAACAACCAGAUGAAAAAGGAGUUAUAAGGAAAAAAGUUAUUCGGAAGAAGAUCAUUAAAAAACAGAAAGGUGACAAAGAGGAGAGGACGCAUAUCACAACGGUUGAAGAAGUUGGAAAAGAACCACAAAGUACAGUUACAGUUGAACUCGUUGAAGCUACUCCUGAAGAACCUGCAAUUGUCGAAAACUUGCCUGAAGAAGUCACAGAAACAAUUGAUGACGAAGGUGUGAAACAUAAGAAAGUUAUAAAGAAAAAAAUAAUAAGAAGGACCAAAGGUGGAAAAACUGAAAACACGGAAGUGACAACAACAUUAGAAGAUGGAAAACAAAAAACAUCCGAGGUAACAACAUUUGAAAUCACUCAACCAGAAGACUCCACUCCCGAAUUAUUGACCAGUACUGUUGUCGAAGAACUACCGGAAGAGGUUACGGUUACAGAACAACCAGAUGAAAAAGGAGUUAUAAGGAAAAAAGUUAUUCGGAAGAAGAUCAUUAAAAAACAGAAAGGUGACAAAGAGGAGAGGACGCAUAUCACAACGGUUGAAGAAGUUGGAAAAGAACCACAAAGUACAGUCACAGUUGAACUCGUUGAAGCUACUCCUGAAGAACCUGCAAUUGUCGAAAACUUGCCUGAAGAAGUCACAGAAACAAUUGAUGACGAAGGUGUGAAACAUAAGAAAGUUAUAAAGAAAAAAAUAAUAAGAAGGACCAAAGGUGGAAAAACUGAAAACACAGAAGUGACAACAACAUUAGAAGAUGGAAAACAAAAAACGUCCGAGGUAACAACAUUUGAAAUCACACAACCAGAAGACUUCACUCCUGAAUUAUUGACCAGUACUGUUGUCGAAGAACUACCGGAAGAGGUUACGGUUACAGAACAACCAGAUGAAAAAGGAGUUAUAAGGAAAAAAGUUAUUCGGAAGAAGAUCAUUAAAAAACAGAAAGGUGACAAAGAGGAGAGGACGCAUAUCACAACGGUUGAAGAAGUUGGAAAAGAACCACAAAGUACAGUCACAGUUGAACUCGUUGAAGCUACUCCUGAAGAACCUGCAAUUGUCGAAAACUUGCCUGAAGAAGUCACAGAAACAAUUGAUGACGAAGGUGUGAAACAUAAGAAAGUUAUAAAGAAAAAAAUAAUAAGAAGGACCAAAGGUGGAAAAACUGAAAACACGGAAGUGACAACAACAUUAGAAGAUGGAAAACAAAAAACAUCCGAGGUAACAACAUUUGAAAUCACUCAACCAGAAGACUUCACUCCUGAAUUAUUGACCAGUACUGUUGUCGAAGAACUACCGGAAGAAGUUACGGUUACAGAACAACCAGAUGAAAAAGGAGUUAUAAGGAAAAAAGUUAUUCGGAAGAAGAUCAUCAAAAAACAGAAAGGUGACAAAGAGGAGAGGACGCAUAUCACAACGGUUGAAGAAGUUGGAAAAGAACCACAAAGUACAGUCACAGUUGAACUCGUUGAAGCUACUCCUGAAGAACCUGCAAUUGUCGAAAACUUGCCUGAAGAAGUCACAGAAACAAUUGAUGACGAAGGUGUGAAACAUAAGAAAGUUAUAAAGAAAAAAAUAAUAAGAAGGACCAAAGGUGGAAAAACUGAAAACACGGAAGUGACAACAACAUUAGAAGAUGAAAAACAAAAAACAUCCGAGGUAACAACAUUUGGAAUCACACAACCAGAAGACUUCACUCCUGAAUUAUUGACCAGUACUGUUGUCGAAGAACUACCGGAAGAGGUUACGGUUACAGAACAACCAGAUGAAAAAGGAGUUAUAAGGAAAAAAGUUAUUCGGAAGAAGAUCAUUAAAAAACAGAAAGGUGACAAAGAGGAGAGGACGCAUAUCACAACGGUUGAAGAAGUUGGAAAAGAACCACAAAGUACAGUCACAGUUGAACUCGUUGAAGCUACUCCUGAAGAACCUGCAAUUGUCGAAAACUUGCCUGAAGAAGUCACAGAAACAAUUGAUGACGAAGGUGUGAAACAUAAGAAAGUUAUAAAGAAAAAAAUAAUAAGAAGGACCAAAGGUGGAAAAACUGAAAACACGGAAGUGACAACAACAUUAGAAGAUGGAAAACAAAAAACAUCCGAGGUAACAACAUUUGAAAUCACUCAACCAGAAGACUUCACUCCUGAAUUAUUGACCAGUACUGUUGUCGAAGAACUACCGGAAGAAGUUACGGUUACAGAACAACCAGAUGAAAAGGGAGUUAUAAGGAAAAAAGUUAUUCGGAAGAAGAUCAUUAAAAAACAGAAAGGUGACAAAGAGGAGAGGACGCAUAUCACAACGGUUGAAGAAGUUGGAAAAGAACCACAAAGUACAGUCACAGUUGAACUCGUUGAAGCUACUCCUGAAGAACCUGCAAUUGUCGAAAACUUGCCUGAAGAAGUCACAGAAACAAUUGAUGACGAAGGUGUGAAACAUAAGAAAGUUAUAAAGAAAAAAAUAAUAAGAAGGACCAAAGGUGGAAAAACUGAAAACACGGAAGUGACAACAACAUUAGAAGAUGUAAAACAAAAAACAUCCGAGGUAACAACAUUUGAAAUCACUCAACCAGAAGACAUAUCAGCUGAAGACGUAGGGAACGAAAUAACAAAAUUGGAACAACCAGACAUUCAGAAAAUACAGAAGACCACAUCACAUACAUACAGGACUAAAGGUAAGAUAAACACAAAUGAAACACAUCCACUCGAAACUGAGCCAGUAAAAGACACAAUUCUUGAUAACACAACAAUCUUCAAUAUUUUAGAAACCGAUCAACACAAAAUUGAAAACAAGCUUCAAGAAUACACAGAUGCAGAAAAAUUGCUUGAUGGGGUAAAGAAAGACAAAAUACAUUCAAUAACAGUUGAAAAAAUUGGCAAAAAACCACAAAGUACAGUUACCAUGGAAGUUCUAGAAUUCACUCCUCAAGAACCUUCUAUUGUUGAGGAAUUACCUGAUGAAAUAACUGAAUCUGUUGAUGAGUCGGGUGUGAAACAUAAGAAAGUCAUCAGGAAAAAGAUAAUCAAGAAAAAGAAGGGUGAUAAAGUGGAAAAUACUGAAAUCACCACUUCAGUUGAAGAUGGAAAAGAACAAAUCGCUGAAAUCAAAACAUAUGAAAGUGCAACACCCGAAGAUUUUACACCUCAGUUACUCACAAGUAAAUUGAUUGAAGAAACCCCAGAAGAAGUGACUAUCACAGAAAUUCCUGAUGAAACGGGACAUAUCAAGAAGAAGGUUAUAAGAAAGAAAGUGAUCAAAACCCGAAAAGGGGAUAAGGAGGAGAAAAUGCACAUAACAACAGUUGAAGAAGUUGGCAAAGAACCACAAAGUACAGUUACCAUGGAAGUUCUAGAAUUCACUCCUCAAGAAUCUUCUAUUGUUGAGGAAUUACCUGAUGAAAUAACAGAAUCUGUUGAUGAGUCGGGUGUGAAACAUAAGAAAGUCAUUAAGAAAAAGAUAAUCAAGAAAAAGAAGGGUGGUAAAGUGGAAAACACUGAAAUCACCACUUCAGUUGAAGAUGGAAAAGAACAAAUCGCUGAAAUCAAAACAUAUGAAAGUGCAACACCCGAAGAUUUUACACCUCAGUUACUCACAAGUAAAUUGAUUGAAGAAACUCCAGAAGAAGUGACUAUCACAGAAAUUCCUGAUGAAACGGGACGUAUCAAGAAAAAGGUUAUAAGAAAGAAAGUGAUCAAAACCCGAAAGGGGGAUAAGGAGGAGAAAAUGCACAUAACAACAGUUGAAGAAGUUGGCAAAGAACCACAAAGUACAGUUACCAUGGAAGUUCUAGAAUUCACUCCUCAAGAACCUUCCAUUGUUGAGGAAUUACCUGAUGAAAUAACAGAAUCUGUUGAUGAGUCGGGUGUGAAACAUAAGAAAGUCAUUAAGAAAAAGAUAAUCAAGAAAAAGAAAGGCGAUAAAGUGGAAAAUACUGAAAUCACCACUUCAGUUGAAGAUGGAAAAGAACAAAUCGCUGAAAUCAAAACAUAUGAAAGUGCAACACCCGAAGAUUUUACACCUCAGUUACUCACAAGUAAAUUGAUUGAAGAAACUCCAGAAGAAGUGACUAUCACAGAAAUUCCUGAUGAAACGGGACAUAUCAAGAAAAAGGUUAUAAGAAAGAAAGUGAUCAAAACCCGAAAGGGGGAUAAGGAGGAGAAAAUGCACAUAACAACAGUUGAAGAAGUUGGCAAAGAACCACAAAGUACAGUUACCAUGGAAGUUCUAGAAUUCACUCCUCAAGAACCUUCCAUUGUUGAGGAAUUACCUGAUGAAAUAACAGAAUCUGUUGAUGAGUCGGGUGUGAAACAUAAGAAAGUCAUUAAGAAAAAGAUAAUCAAGAAAAAGAAGGGUGAUAAAGUGGAAAAUACUGAAAUCACCACUUCAGUUGAAGAUGGAAAAGAACAAAUCGCUGAAAUCAAAACAUAUGAAAGUGCAACACCCGAAGAUUUUACACCUCAGUUACUCACAAGUAAAUUGAUUGAAGAAACUCCAGAAGAAGUGACUAUCACAGAAAUUCCUGAUGAAACGGGACAUAUCAAAAAGAAGGUUAUAAGAAAGAAAGUGAUCAAAACCCCAAAGGGGGAUAAGGAGGAGAAAAUGCACAUAGCAACAGUUGAAGAAGUUGGCAAAGAACCACAAAGUACAGUUACCAUGGAAGUUCUAGAAUUCACUCCUCAAGAAUCUUCUAUUGUUGAGGAAUUACCUGAUGAAAUAAAAGAAUCUGUUGAUGAGUCGGGUGUGAAACAUAAGAAAGUCAUUAAGAAAAAGAUAAUCAAGAAAAAGAAGGGUGGUAAAGUGGAAAAUACUGAAAUCACCACUUCAGUUGAAGAUGGAAAAGAACAAAUCGCUGAAAUCAAAACAUAUGAAAGUGCAACACCCGAAGAUUUUACACCUCAGUUACUCACAAGUAAAUUGAUUGAAGAAACUCCAGAAGAAGUGACUAUCACAGAAAUUCCUGAUGAAACGGGACAUAUCAAAAAGAAGGUUAUAAGAAAGAAAGUGAUCAAAACCCCAAAGGGGGAUAAGGAGGAGAAAAUGCACAUAACAACAGUUGAAGAAGUUGGCAAAGAACCACAAAGUACAGUUACCAUGGAAGUUCUAGAAUUCACUCCUCAAGAAUCUUCUAUUGUUGAGGAAUUACCUGAUGAAAUAACAGAAUCUGUUGAUGAGUCGGGUGUGAAACAUAAGAAAGUCAUUAAGAAAAAGAUAAUCAAGAAAAAGAAGGGUGGUAAAGUGGAAAAUACUGAAAUCACCACUUCAGUUGAAGAUGGAAAAGAACAAAUCGCUGAAAUCAAAACAUAUGAAAGUGCAACACCCGAAGAUUUUACACCUCAGUUACUCACAAGUAAAUUGAUUGAAGAAACUCCAGAAGAAGUGACUAUCACAGAAAUUCCUGAUGAAACGGGACAUAUCAAGAAAAAAGUUAUAAGAAAGAAAGUGAUCAAAACCCGAAAGGGGGAUAAGGAGGAGAAACUGCACAUAACAACAGUUGAAGAAGUUGGCAAAGAACCACAAAGUACAGUUACCAUGGAAACUCUAGAAUUCACUCCUCAAGAACCUUCUAUUGUUGAGGAAUUACCUGAUGAAAUAACAGAAUCUGUUGAUGAGUCGGGUGUGAAACAUAAGAAAGUCAUUAAGAAAAAAAUAAUCAAGAAAAAGAAAGGCGAUAAAGUGGAAAAUACUGAAAUCACCACUUCAGUUGAAGAUGGAAAAGAACAAAUCGCUGAAAUCAAAACAUAUGAAAGUGCAACACCCGAAGAUUUUACACCUCAGUUACUCACAAGUAAAUUGAUUGAAGAAACUCCAGAAGAAGUGACUAUCACAGAAAUUCCUGAUGAAACGGGACAUAUCAAAAAGAAGGUUAUAAGAAAGAAAGUGAUCAAAACCCGAAAGGGGGAUAAGGAGGAGAAAAUGCACAUAACAACAGUUGAAGAAGUUGGCAAAGAACCACAAAGUACAGUUACCAUGGAAGUUCUAGAAUUCACUCCUCAAGAAUCUUCUAUUGUUGAGGAAUUACCUGAUGAAAUAACAGAAUCUGUUGAUGAGUCGGGUGUGAAACAUAAGAAAGUCAUUAAGAAAAAGAUAAUCAAGAAAAAGAAGGGUGGUAAAGUGGAAAAUACUGAAAUCACCACUUCAGUUGAAGAUGGAAAAGAACAAAUCGCUGAAAUCAAAACAUAUGAAAGUGCAACACCCGAAGAUUUUACACCUCAGUUACUCACAAGUAAAUUGAUUGAAGAAACUCCAGAAGAAGUGACUAUCACAGAAAUUCCUGAUGAAACGGGACAUAUCAAGAAAAAGGUUAUAAGAAAGAAAGUGAUCAAAACCCGAAAGGGGGAUAAGGAGGAGAAAAUGCACAUAACAACAGUUGAAGAAGUUGGCAAAGAACCACAAAGUACAGUUACCAUGGAAGUUCUAGAAUUCACUCCUCAAGAACCUUCCAUUGUUGAGGAAUUACCUGAUGAAAUAACAGAAUCUGUUGAUGAGUCGGGUGUGAAACAUAAGAAAGUCAUUAAGAAAAAGAUAAUCAAGAAAAAGAAAGGCGAUAAAGUGGAAAAUACUGAAAUCACCACUUCAGUUGAAGAUGGAAAAGAACAAAUCGCUGAAAUCAAAACAUAUGAAAGUGCAACACCCGAAGAUUUUACACCUCAGUUACUCACAAGUAAAUUGAUUGAAGAAACUCCAGAAGAAGUGACUAUCACAGAAAUUCCUGAUGAAACGGGACAUAUCAAGAAAAAAGUUAUAAGAAAGAAAGUGAUCAAAACCCGAAAGGGGGAUAAGGAGGAGAAACUGCACAUAACAACAGUUGAAGAAGUUGGCAAAGAACCACAAAGUACAGUUACCAUGGAAACUCUAGAAUUCACUCCUCAAGAACCUUCUAUUGUUGAGGAAUUACCUGAUGAAAUAACAGAAUCUGUUGAUGAGUCGGGUGUGAAACAUAAGAAAGUCAUUAAGAAAAAGAUAAUCAAGAAAAAGAAAGGCGAUAAAGUGGAAAAUACUGAAAUCACCACUUCAGUUGAAGAUGGAAAAGAACAAAUCGCUGAAAUCAAAACAUAUGAAAGUGCAACACCCGAAGAUUUUACACCUCAGUUACUCACAAGUAAAUUGAUUGAAGAAACCCCAGAAGAAGUGACUAUCACAGAAAUUCCUGAUGAAACGGGACAUAUCAAGAAAAAGGUUAUAAGAAAGAAAGUGAUCAAAACCCGAAAGGGCGAUAAGGAGGAGAAAAUGCACAUAACAACAGUUGAAGAAGUUGGCAAAGAACCACAAAGUACAGUUACCAUGGAAGUUCUAGAAUUCAUUCCUCAAGAACCUUCUAUUGUUGAGGAAUUACCUGAUGAAAUAACAGAAUCUGUUGAUGAGUCGGGUGUGAAACAUAAGAAAGUCAUUAAGAAAAAGAUAAUCAAGAAAAAGAAGGGUGAUAAAGUGGAAAAUACUGAAAUCACCACUUCAGUUGAAGAUGGAAAAGAACAAAUCGCUGAAAUCAAAACAUAUGAAAGUGCAACACCCGAAGAUUUUACACCUCAGUUACUCACAAGUAAAUUGAUUGAAGAAACUCCAGAAGAAGUGACUAUCACAGAAAUUCCUGAUGAAACGGGACAUAUCAAGAAAAAGGUUAUAAGAAAGAAAGUGAUCAAAACCCGAAAGGGGGAUAAGGAGGAGAAAAUGCACAUAACAACAGUUGAAGAAGUUGGCAAAGAACCACAAAGUGAAGUUACCAUGGAAACUCUAGAAUUCACUCCUCAAGAACCUUCUAUUGUUGAGGAAUUACCUGAUGAAAUAACAGAAUCUGUUGAUGAGUCGGGUGUGAAACAUAAGAAAGUUAUUAAGAAAAAAAUAAUCAAGAAAAAGAAGGGUGAUAAAGUGGAAAAUACUGAAAUCACCACUUCAGUUGAAGAUGGAAAAGAACAAAUCGCUGAAAUCAAAACAUAUGAAAGUGCAACACCCGAAGAUUUUACACCUCAGUUACUCACAAGUAAAUUGAUUGAAGAAACCCCAGAAGAAGUGACUAUCACAGAAAUUCCUGAUGAAACGGGACAUAUCAAGAAGAAGGUUAUAAGAAAGAAAGUGAUCAAAACCCGAAAAGGGGAUAAGGAGGAGAAAAUGCACAUAACAACAGUUGAAGAAGUUGGCAAAGAACCACAAAGUACAGUUACCAUGGAAGUUCUAGAAUUCACUCCUCGAGAACCUUCCAUUGUUGAGGAAUUACCUGAUGAAAUAACAGAAUCUGUUGAUGAGUCGGGUGUGAAACAUAAGAAAGUCAUUAAGAAAAAGAUAAUCAAGAAAAAGAAAGGCGAUAAAGUGGAAAAUACUGAAAUCACCACUUCAGUUGAAGAUGGAAAAGAACAAAUCGCUGAAAUCAAAACAUAUGAAAGUGCAACACCCGAAGAUUUUACACCUCAGUUACUCACAAGUAAAUUGAUUGAAGAAACUCCAGAAGAAGUGACUAUCACAGAAAUUCCUGAUGAAACGGGACAUAUCAAGAAAAAGGUUAUAAGAAAGAAAGUGAUCAAAACCCGAAAGGGGGAUAAGGAGGAGAAAAUGCACAUAACAACAGUUGAAGAAGUUGGCAAAGAACCACAAAGUACAGUUACCAUGGAAGUUCUAGAAUUCACUCCUCAAGAACCUUCUAUUGUUGAGGAAUUACCUGAUGAAAUAACAGAAUCUGUUGAUGAGUCGGGUGUGAAACAUAAGAAAGUCAUUAAGAAAAAGAUAAUCAAGAAAAAGAAGGGUAAUAAAGUGGAAAAUACUGAAAUCACCACUUCAGUUGAAAAUGGAAAAGAACAAAUCGCUGAAAUCAAAACAUAUGAAAGUGCAACACCCGAAGAUUUUACACCUCAGUUACUCACAAGUAAAUUGAUUGAAGAAACUCCAGAAGAAGUGACUAUUACAGAAAUUCCUGAUGAAACGGGACAUAUCAAGAAGAAGGUUAUAAGAAAAAAAGUGAUCAAAACCCGAGAAGGGGAUAAGGAGGAGAAAAUGCACAUAACAAAAGUUGAAGAAGUUGGCAAAGAACCACAAAGUACAGUUACCAUGGAAGUUCUAGAAUUCACUCCUCAAGAACCUUCCAUUGUUGAGGAAUUACCUGAUGAAAUAACAGAAUCUGUUGAUGAGUCGGGUGUGAAACAUAAGAAAGUCAUUAAGAAAAAGAUAAUCAAGAAAAAGAAAGGCGAUAAAGUGGAAAAUACUGAAAUCACCACUUCAGUUGAAGAUGGAAAAGAACAAAUCGCUGAAAUCAAAACAUAUGACAGUGCAACACCCGAAGAUUUUACACCUCAGUUACUCACAAGUAAAUUGAUUGAAGAAACUCCAGAAGAAGUGACUAUCACAGAAAUUCCUGAUGAAACGGGACAUAUCAAGAAAAAGGUUAUAAGAAAGAAAGUGAUCAAAACCCGAAAGGGGGAUAAGGAGGAGAAAAUGCACAUAACAACAGUUGAAGAAGUUGGCAAAGAACCACAAAGUACAGUUACCAUGGAAGUUCUAGAAUUCAUUCCUCAAGAACCUUCUAUUGUUGAGGAAUUACCUGAUGAAAUAACAGAAUCUGUUGAUGAGUCGGGUGUGAAACAUAAGAAAGUCAUUAAGAAAAAGGUAAUCAAGAAAAAGAAGGGUGAUAAAGUGGAAAAUACUGAAAUCACCACUUCAGUUGAAAAUGGAAAAGAACAAAUCGCUGAAAUCAAAACAUAUGAAAGUGCAACACCCGAAGAUUUUACACCUCAGUUACUCACAAGUAAAUUGAUUGAAGAAACUCCAGAAGAAGUGACUAUUACAGAAAUUCCUGAUGAAACGGGACAUAUCAAGAAGAAGGUUAUAAGAAAGAAAGUGAUCAAAACCCGAAAGGGGGAUAAGGAGGAGAAGAUGCACAUAACAAUAGUUGAAGAAGUUGGAAAAGAACCACAAAGUUCAGUUACCAUGGAAGUUCUAGAAUUCACUCCUCAAGAACCUUCUAUUGUUGAGGAAUUACCUGAUGAAAUAACAGAAUCUGUUGAUGAGUCGGGUGUGAAACAUAAGAAAGUCAUUAAGAAAAAGAUAAUCAAGAAAAAGAAGGGUGAUAAAGUGGAAAAUACUGAAAUCACCACUUCAGUUGAAGAUGGAAAAGAACAAAUCGCUGAAAUCAAAACAUAUGAAAGUGCAACACCCGAAGAUUUUACACCUCAGUUACUCACAAGUAAAUUGAUUGAAGAAACUCCAGAAGAAGUGACUAUCACAGAAAUUCCUGAUGAAACGGGACAUAUUAAGAAGAAGGUUAUAAGAAAGAAAGUGAUCAAAACCCGAAAGGGGGAUAAGGAGGAGAAGAUGCACAUAACAAUAGUUGAAGAAGUUGGAAAAGAACCACAAAGUUCAGUUACCAUGGAAGUUCUAGAAUUCACUCCUCAAGAACCUUCCAUUGUUGAGGAAUUACCUGAUGAAAUAACAGAAUCUGUUGAUGAGUCGGGUGUGAAACAUAAGAAAGUCAUUAAGAAAAAGAUAAUCAAGAAAAAGAAAGGCGAUAAAGUGGAAAAUACUGAAAUCACCACUUCAGUUGAAGAUGGAAAAGAACAAAUCGCUGAAAUCAAAUCAUAUGAAAGUGCAACACCCGAAGAUUUUACACCUCAGUUACUCACAAGUAAAUUGAUUGAAGAAACUCCAGAAGAAGUGACUAUCACAGAAAUUCCUGAUGAAACGGGACAUAUCAAGAAAAAGGUUAUAAGAAAGAAAGUGAUCAAAACCCGAAAGGGGGAUAAGGAGGAGAAAAUGCACAUAACAACAGUUGAAGAAGUUGGCAAAGAACCACAAAGUACAGUUACCAUGGAAGUUCUAGAAUUCACUCCUCAAGAACCUUCUAUUGUUGAGGAAUUACCUGAUGAAAUAACAGAAUCUGUUGAUGAGUCGGGUAUGAAACAUAAGAAAGUCAUUAAGAAAAAGAUAAUCAAGAAAAAGAAGGGUGAUAAAGUGGAAAAUACUGAAAUCACCACUUCAGUUGAAGAUGGAAAAGAACAAAUCGCUGAAAUCAAAACAUAUGAAAGUGCAACACCCGAAGAUUUUACACCUCAGUUACUCACAAGUAAAUUGAUUGAAGAAACUCCAGAAGAAGUGACUAUCACAGAAAUUCCUGAUGAAACGGGACAUAUUAAGAAGAAGGUUAUAAGAAAAAAAGUGAUCAAAACCCGAAAGGGGGAUAAGGAGGAGAAAAUGCACAUAACAACAGUUGAAGAAGUUGGCAAAGAACCACAAAGUACAGUUACCAUGGAAACUCUAGAAUUCACUCCUCAGGAACCUUCUAUUGUUGAGGAAUUACCUGAUGAAAUAACAGAAUCUGUUGAUGAGUCGGGUGUGAAACAUAAGAAAGUCAUUAAGAAAAAGAUAAUCAAGAAAAAGAAGGGUGAUAAAGUGGCAAAUACUGAAAUCACCUUUUCAGUUGAAGAUGGAAAAGAACAAAUCGCUGAAAUCAAAACAUAUGAAAGUGCAACACCCGAAGAUUUUACACCUCAGUUACUCACAAGUAAAUUGAUUGAAGAAACUCCAGAAGAAGUGACUAUCACAGAAAUUCCUGAUGAAACGGGACAUAUCAAGAAAAAGGUUAUAAGAAAGAAAGUGAUCAAAACCCGAAAGGGGGAUAAGGAGGAGAAAAUGCACAUAACAACAGUUGAAGAAGUUGGCAAAGAACCACAAAGUACAGUUACCAUGGAAGUUCUAGAAUUCAUUCCUCAAGAACCUUCUAUUGUUGAGGAAUUACCUGAUGAAAUAACAGAAUCUGUUGAUGAGUCGGGUGUGAAACAUAAGAAAGUCAUUAAGAAAAAGAUAAUCAAGAAAAAGAAGGGUGAUAAAGUGGAAAAUACUGAAAUCACCACUUCAGUUGAAGAUGGAAAAGAACAAAUCGCUGAAAUCAAAACAUAUGAAAGUGCAACACCCGAAGAUUUUACACCUCAGUUACUCACAAGUAAAUUGAUUGAAGAAACUCCAGAAGAAGUGACUAUCACAGAAAUUCCUGAUGAAACGGGACAUAUCAAGAAAAAGGUUAUAAGAAAGAAAGUGAUCAAAACCCGAAAGGGGGAUAAGGAGGAGAAAAUGCACAUAACAACAGUUGAAGAAGUUGGCAAAGAACCACAAAGUACAGUUACCAUGGAAGUUCUAGAAUUCACUCCUCAAGAACCUUCUAUUGUUGAGGAAUUACCUGAUGAAAUAACAGAAUCUGUUGAUGAGUUGGGUGUGAAACAUAAGAAAGUCAUUAAGAAAAAGAUAAUCAAGAAAAAGAAGGGUGAUAAAGUGGAAAAUACUGAAAUCACCACUUCAGUUGAAGAUGGAAAAGAACAAAUCGCUGAAAUCAAAACAUAUGAAAGUGCAACACCAGAAGAUUUCACACCUCAGUUACUCACAAGUAAAUUGAUUGAAGAAACUCCCGAAGAAGUGACUAUCACAGAAAUUCCUGAUGAAACCGGACAUAUCAAGAAGAAGGUUAUAAGAAAGAAAGUGAUCAAAACCCGAAAGGGGGAUAAGGAGGAGAAACUGCACAUAACAACAGUUGAAGAAGUUGGCAAAGAACCACAAAGUACAGUUACCAUGGAAACUCUAGAAUUCACUCCUCAAGAACCUUCUAUUGUUGAGGAAUUACCUGAUGAAAUAACAGAAUCUGUUGAUGAGUCGGGUGUGAAACAUAAGAAAGUCAUUAAGAAAAAGAUAAUCAAGAAAAAGAAGGGUGAUAAAGUGGAAAAUACUGAAAUCACCACUUCAGUUGAAGAUGGAAAAGAACAAAUCGCUGAAAUCAAAACAUAUGAAAGUGCAACACCAGAAGAUUUUACACCUCAGUUACUCACAAGUAAAUUGAUUGAAGAAACUCCCGAAGAAGUGACUAUCACAGAAAUUCCUGAUGAAACGGGACAUAUUAAGAAGAAGGUUAUAAGAAAGAAAGUGAUCAAAACCCGAAAGGGGGAUAAGGAGGAGAAGAUGCACAUAACAAUAGUUGAAGAAGUUGGAAAAGAACCACAAAGUUCAGUUACCAUGGAAGUUCUAGAAUUCACUCCUCAAGAACCUUCUAUUGUUGAGGAAUUACCUGAUGAAAUAACAGAAUCUGAUGAUGUGUCGAAAGUGAAACAUAGGAACUUGAUCAAGAAGAAAGUAGUCAAGAAAUCAGAUGAAUUAUCUAUGAAUACCGUAGAACCUAUGAUGGGUAAGGAUGGACAGCAAAUAGUAGAUUCAAUUUGUAGUGAAAAUAUAUUGGAAAACGGUGAGAAAGGAGGUUUUUUGCCUCUCAAGCAUUCAGAAGUCAGUUUCGAUUCUUUGCAUUCACCCAUUACACCAGAAACUACACAUACCAACUCCUCACUCGCAUCCACGAAUUCUACACUUCCACACAAACAAGACACUUUAGAAGACCUAGAAUCAGUUGAUACCAACCUUGCUCCUGAUGAAGUUGAGGCAAUAUCAAAUGAAGGGGAAGAAAAGAUUCUUUUUAUACCUACCCUCCAGAAUAAAGAUCAACCAAGCGAUUCAGCUGCAGUAGUCAAGAUGAUUGAAGUAGAAAUUCUUAAGAAAGCACUCUCACAUAAUCUUCCUGAUGAAAUCUCACCUGAAAGCCAACCCAGCGGUGAAACAAUUGUUGAGAAGGUCAAGGAUGAUCGAAAAGGAACCAAGAAAAAAACUUCCAAAAUUAAUAAGAAGUCCAGUAUAGAAAAAGCAAAAGAGGAGAUUCCAGCCACACCAAUGUCAACCGAUACAGAAUUUUCAUCUUCAAAAUUACCAGAAAAUGAUUCAGUUAUUCCUAGAGAAUCAAAACUGAGCCCAACUGAUGAAUUUUUGAUGAAAAAAGAAGAGACACAGCCUUCAGAAGAGUUGAAGCAAGAUAUUCCAAGUAUUAAAAAAGAAUCUCAGCCAAAACUGCAAAAAUCAAAAAUUGAAAUGAAGCAAACUGUGGUAGAGAAAAUGACCAUCUCAGAAGGACCAACAACUUUAGCAGGUAUAAAACUUAAGCCAUCUACUAAGAAAUUGAAAGAAGAUAAACCACAACCCAAAUUUCCGAAAAUUAUGCUCAAAAGUAGAAUUAGAUUUAAUGUUUUCCCACCACUCAACGAACAAUAUCAAAAGCCUAAUAUGCAUGAAUGUGAACCAGUAAUAAAAUUGAAUGGUAUUUUGUCGAGGAAUAUGAAAGAGGCUGAGAAAGUACCCAAAACGACACCCAGAAAAAUGAAAAAAAUAGACGAAGAAUUGAAGAAACUUGAGAAUUUGGAUAUGGAGUUCGAAGAUCUCAAAAAGAAUGAUUUAGAACAAGUUGAAGAUGUUUACAGGAAAACAGUCCCCGAAAAGAAGCCUAAAAAGAAAGGUUCGAUACCAGAAAUAUCUUUGGGUACUGGAAAGAAAACGGAACUAGAUGGUGUGGAGCCACUUGUACUGAAAGGUUUUUCAGUAGAACCACAAAAAGAUAAUAUAGAAUCAAUUUCAGAAAUGGAUUUAACUAUUAUCUAUUCGGAAGCUGUUGAAAUUUCUUUGAAAGAUAUUAGAUCAGAUUUAAGCUUGGAACCGACCUCUUUUGACAUACCAGAUAAUGAUUCAGAAAAUGAGAAAUCGAAGAAAAGGGAACAUAAACCAUUAUCGUCCACUGAAGAAAUAGAGGUAUAUUCUCCAUCGGAAACCGUCCAAUCAAAGGUAAUAGAAAUCGAUAGUGUUGAUCAGAAAACACCAGUUGAAAUUAUCGAGGCGCAAACGGAUUCAACCAAGAAAGGUAAGCUUAAGAAGAAACCGGAAAAAGGAGAUGAUCACAGUCUCAAGCCAAUUCAGAGACCUCAGAAGCAAGAUGAUUUACUCAUAAUCAAAGAAGAAUACGUCAUCAAAGAAAUAAAAUUAGCUAAGGAAAUAGUUAUACCGGAAAUUGAGGAAGAGUCUCAGUUGAUCACAGAACCUGAUAAACCAAAAAAGAAAACUACGAAAAAGAAAAGUGUUCCAAAAUCAGAUGAAAUUAAACCUUCUGAAAGUGUUAUUACUGAAACUGAUGACAAAAAAAUACUGAAAGAACACGAUAUUAUUCCUGAUGAAAAGAUAGACUCCAGAGCAGAAGAUUACAAACCAGAUGAGAGAGAUCAGACACCAAAAAGGAUAGAAGAAGAACCGUUGAAAGAAGAACUGAAAACGAAUGAAUCAAUUCUUUCAGCCACCGAAUUGAAAAAACCAGAAAAUGUCGAACUAGAUGCUAGUGAAACAGAAACAAUAGAAAAAGAACCUUUGAAAGAAAAAACUGAAAAGAAGAAAAAACCAAAAACAAAGGAGUCAAUGGAAAAGCCAGAAGAAACUAAAAUUGAACAGGUGCCAAUGAGAACUGCUGCCAAAGAAAACGAUACAACUGUUAUUGAAGACGACCGAAUGGAUAUUCUUGAAGAUGUUGAGAAAAAAGAAAUACCAAAAAAAGUUCCAGAAACAGAACAAAAAUCAAAAUCAGAUAAAAAGUUACCAAAGAUCUCCUCAAUCAAACCUGUUCGCCCAAUUAUUCCCCGUCUCAAGAGCCGAAUACGUUAUAUUGAAUUUCCACCAUCUUCCGAAGUAGAAAGAAAAUCAGUUAUCGAAUUUUUGGAACCACUUCUGAAGGAUGCUGGAAUCUUAUCGCGGACUAUGGAAGAAGCUAAUAAGAUUCCUAAAAAGAAGAAGAAGAAGCCAAAGAAAGAUGACUUCAUCGAUAAAUUAGAAGAAUUAGACAAAGAAAUGGAAACUUUGAAACAAAAAAAUAAACUUGAAGAAAUUAAUGAAGAAUACAGAAAGAAACCAGAAAAACCGGUAAAGCCGAAAAAGGAACUUCCAAAACCAAUUAGAAUCGAAUGGAAAUCUGUAUUACCUUCGAAGAUGACAAUAUCUGAAAUUACAGAGAAACCACUGAACUUAUCUGAUAUUAAACUAAAGAAAACAUCGACGGUGAAACCCAAAGAAGUGAAAAUGGUGAAAGCGCCAAAAGUUCUCUUGAAAAGUAGGAUACAGUACGUUACUUUCCCUCCAGAAACUGAGAUCAAAAAGUUCCCAUCAGUGAAACAAUUGCAACCUACAGAACCACAAAAUGGAGUUUUAUCGCAUAAUCACGAAGAAGCUAUGAAAAAACUGAAAAUGAAGAAGAGAAAACUAAAAGAUUCAGGUGAGCCAACAACUUCGCUAGAAGAACUUGAUUUUGAAAUGGAAGAACUGAAAAAGAAAGAAUUAGAAAAGGUUGAUGAAGAAUACCAUAAAUUCAGUAGAAAACCAAAAGAAAAUAAGAAUGAGGAAGUAACACCAGAAAUCAGUUUCAAAUUAGGUAAAGGAAAGGUUCCUCAAAAACCCGAAGAACCAGAAGAGAAUGUCACUUUGAAAAAGAUUUCUAAGACUACAGAAACUGCUUUAAGUAUCGAAGAAACUCUUCCUCGUCCUCAAAAAGUAAAGGAGGUUUCUUUACCGGAAAAAGUUCCUACCACUACAGAAAAACUUGCGCCUUUGGAUAUUAUUGAAUUUGACAGAACAGAACCAGAUUUAGAAAAAUAUAUUCCAGAAAAACCAGAAUCUCCCGAAGAAAAAACUCCGGAAGAGAUUGGUUCAAAAUAUAACCGCAAACCAAAGAAGAAACCAUCUCCGGAAGUCGUUUCAAUACCUCUUGAAAAGGGAACUCCAAAAGUUCCUGAUACUUUCGAAGAUCAAGAUGUUACAUUUAGAAUCCCAUCAAAGAGUAUCCCAGAAGAAGAACCUUCUGAAAUCACUCUGAAACCAUUCAAAAAAUCCAAAGACGAUGAUAAAAGUACAUUCACUCAAAUAGAAAUCGAAAAACCACAGCCAACCACAGUACAGGAAAUUAAGGAACCUGCAAAUAUAGAUUUACAAAUUGAAAAAUUGGAAACUGAGGAAAUCAAAAAGAAGUUGAAGAAAAAGAAGCCAAAACCAAAAGAACAUGAAAUUGAAGAUGAACUGUUACCAGUUGAUGAGGAUUCGCAGAAAAAAUUACCCACAAUUGAACAAUCACCAGAACCAAAAGAAAUUCCUGCAAAAAUAAUCCAGGAAUCUAAUUUAGAAGAACCCAUUUCUGAAGAAAUCACCAUAACUAAAAUAUCGAAGAAGAUGAAGCCUACUGUAGAAGAUGAGGAAAUUUCCACAGAAUUCGUUCUACAAAAACCUAGAGAUGAUAAAAAGGAACCUGUUUCUGAAGAAGUGGAAACGAUCAUAACAAAAAAGAAGAAGCGACCAAAAACUACAGAUGACGCACAGGCAGAACUUCUAGUUAAAAAAAUUGUUCCAGAGGAGAAACAGGCAAUAACAACUGAAAUAAAGGAGCCAGAGCAGGAGAAAAUACCUUCAGAUACUGAACCUGCAGAAACUAUUACUGAAGAAUUAGAAACUACAGUAAUAAGAAAGAAGAAAAAACCAGAACCUGUCGAUGAUUCAUUAGAAGAAUUUGAAGGCAAGAAAAUCGUACCAGAAGAAACAGAGCUGAUAGAUCUCGAAACUACUAUAAAGAAGCCAAAAAAGAAAGUUGAUACUGAAAUUGAAGAAACAAGCGAGGAGAUUACAUUAACAAAAAAAUACAAAAAGAAGCCUGUUCAGGAAGAAAAUGAAGAUUCCACAGAGUUUGUUUUGCGAAAACCACAAGAUAAUAAAGAAGAAUCUAUCACUGACGAAGUUGUGACGACGGUAACAAGAAAAAAGAAAAAACCAAAAACUGUUGAUGAAGCUCAAGCUGAGCUACAUAUAAAAAAGACCAUUCCAGUUGAAGAAGACACAGUUCUUGAAACAACUGUAGAAGAGCCUUCUGAUGUUACAGUCGUUCCAGAAGAGAUAGAAGAAACCACUAUAAAAAAAACAAGAAGAAAGCCAUCAGAUGAAAAACCUGAAGAAAUUACUGAGAAGGUCACAAUUACUAAGAAAUUGAAAAAGAAGAUACCUACUCCAGAAACAGACGAAGUUUCUGCAGAGUUUGUAUUACAGAAACCUCGUGAUGAAAACAAAGAAACGGUUACUGAAGAUGUUGAGACAACGAUAAGAAGAAAAAAGAAAAAACCAAAAAUUACUGAUGAAGCUCAGGCAGAAUUGCUUAUAAAAAGAAUGGUUUCAGAGGAAACGGAAGAUAUAGUUCCCGAAGUUACUAUGGAAAAGGAAAAAAGAAGACCUUCAGAUGAGGAUACACAGGAAAUUACAAUCACUAAAAAGCCACAAGAACAUAUACCAGGGCCUAAAGAUGACGAACUUGUCUCAAAAUUCGUCUUGAAAAAACCUCAAAAUGAAGAGGAGGAAUCUAUUACUGAAGAAGUAGAGACAACGAUAACUAGAAAAAAGAAGCCAAAAUCUCCUGAUGAUUCAGAAGCAGAAAUGUACAUGAAGAAAGAAGAAAUAGAAGAAAGUACUAUCAAAAAACCAAGAAGAAAGCCAUCAGUUGAAAAACCUGAAGAAAUUAAUGAGGAGGUCACAGUAACUAAGAAAUCGAAAAAGAAGAUACCUACUCCAGAAUCAGAGGAAGUUGCUGCAGAGUUUGUUUUACAGAAACCUCGUGAUGAAAACAAAGAAACUGUUACUGAAGAAGUUGAGACGACGAUAAAAAGAAAGAAUAAAAAACCUAAAACUACCGAUGAAGCACAAGCUGAACUCCACAUUGAAAGAAGAAUAUCAGUGGAAGAAGAAGGAUCACCAAUUGAAGAAAGAGAGGAAGAAGAAAUUGAGGUGACAGUAGAAAAGAGACAGCCUGAUGUAGAAGUGCAAGAAUUUACCAUAAAAAAGAAACCACAGCGUAAACCAUCUAUAGAAGAGCACUCUGAGGAAAUAACAAUAAGGAAAUUGAGGAAACCCAGAAAACCAUCCAAACCAGAUAUACCAGAAUUCACUGAUGUUACUGAUGUCACAUUCAGACCGAAAAUGACUAAAACUAAAGAAGAUGUUGAUCAAGAAUUCAAAAUAUCCUUAGAUUCUUACGCCGAAGAAGAGAUUUCGAUGUCAGGCAAAAUAAGACUUACGAAGAAAAGACCUUCGACUUACUCUGAGGAAACGGGACAAGAAACUAUUCGUAUUUUCCAAGAAGUAGAAGAUGAAGGUCCGGUAAUCGAAGAAAUUAUCGAUGAAGGUAGUGAUGCCGAAGAAUUACCAUAUGAUGAAGAGAGUCCUGAAAAUUUCCAUGUUCCCUUGAAGAAAAAUAUUCCAAGGAAAUAUUCCGUAUUCGAAGAAGAUGAGGAGUCUGUAUCAUUAGGUUUGAAGAAGAAAACUGUGAGUAAAGAUUACGAGGCAGAAUCCAUAACCCUCAAAUCUAAGAAAAAGCCAAAAUCAACCUAUGAUCAAGAAGCUGCAACUUUGAGUAUUACUAGGGAAACCGAAAUUGAUGAAGAACCGGAAGUAGAAGUUGUCGAGGAAAUUGUCUAUAGCAUACGUCCUUAUAAUGCUGAGAAUGAAUCUUCUAUUGAUUUAGUAGAAGGAGAAAAAGUAUAUGUAAUCGAAACACAUGAUUCUGAUUGGUUGCUCGUGAAAAAAUUGUUCACUAAUGAAAAAGGAUGGGUCCCCUCCAAUAUCUUGAUGGAUGAGAAUAAUUACCGGAUAUACAUUCAGAAGACUCUCAAUGAAAAAAUCGAUGAAUUACCAGUGUUUGAACAACCAACAGAUAAGAAGAAAUCAGUGGCGCCUCGAUUCAUAGAGAGAUUGAAACCCACCGUGGCCAAAGAUGGCGAUACGGUACAAUUCGUGUGCCAAGUUGAAGGAACACCCCGACCACAAAUCACAUGGUUCCGCCAAACCGCUAUCAUAAAGCACUCGGAGGACUUCCAGAUAUACUACAGCGAAGAAAACGUGGCCACUUUGAUUAUCAAGGAAGUUUUCCCGGAAGACGCAGGAUCAUUCACCUGUGUUGCCAAGAACUCUGCUGGUUCCGCGUCCACCACAACAGAACUGAUCGUUCAACACACCACUUCGGAGCACGAUCACACUUACGUAUCAAGAAAGAGCAUGUCCAAGGAGUCUUCCUUGGCAGACAUACUAGAAGGCAUUCCGCCGACAUUCUUCCACAAACCCAAAACUCACUGUGUACCAGAAUAUUCGGAUGUAGAAAUCGAGUGUGGAAUGAUCGCCCUACCAGAACCACAUAUCUUCUGGUACCGCAAAGGUCGCAUUCUCAAUAGCGGAGAUAAUGUCACAAUCACCACAAGGUCCAAAGGUUCACAGUUCUACUCGACAUUGAAGAUCAAGAACAUUGAAAAAAUCCAAGAAGGAGAUUAUGAAAUAGUUGCUCGAAACAGUGAAGGAGAAAGUAGAAUCUGCUGUCCUAUCAAUGUUAUUUCGGAAGGCAAACAAGCCCCUCAAAUCGUGGAACCACUCGUUUCGAAAACCAUCCGUAAGAAAGAACCCAUAACGCUGAGGGCGGUUAUUACAGGAAAUCCUACUCCGGUUGUUGAAUGGUUCAAAAAUGAGGAACCUGUGGAACCUUCAUUGAUAGAAAAAGAUGAACACACCUACACGUACACGAUAAAGAAGGCUACACCUAACGACGCUGCUGAAUAUACUGUCAGAGCGUCUAAUUCUAGCGGUUCUGCUGAAACUAAGGCUCACCUUAGUGUUGAGGAGUACACUGUUAACGAGGUGCCAAUGUUCAUCGAACGCUUCGAAGAAUCAACAGUACCAGUGAACGGUACCAUCCGUCUGACUGCUAGAGUAACCGGAAAUCCUGUUCCAGAGGUAAUAUGGUUCAAAAAUAAUGCGCCUCUCGAACCAAACGAAAGGAUUCAGAUAAGCUACGAUGGAGAGAACAUCGAACUGACGAUUAGCAAAGCCAAUUCAGAAAUAGAUUCUGGCGAUUACAAAUGCGUGGCUCAGAAUAAGGUAGGCAAGGCCUCACAUGGUGCCAAGGUCACCGUCGAGGUUGACGAAGUGAAAUUCACCAAGAAACUCGAAAAAUCGUACCAGAGCGUCGAAAGAGAGACCUUGCAGCUCAUCUGCGAAACAUCCCACAAGGUCUCGACGAAAUGGUACUUCAACAACAAGGAGAUAAGCGGAAUGGACUAUCGCACCGUUGUGGAAGAAGGCAAGACGCAUAAAUUGAUAAUCAAGAAUAUCACAGAGAAAGACAAGGGACACUACAAAUGCUCUGUCAAGAAUGUGUCUACGGAGACGGUUGUCACUGUAAUUCCUACAAAACCGGAGUUUGUCAGGCGGCUGCAGGACCUCGAAAUACCAGAACGAGAAAUGGCAAUCCUGGAAGUAGAGAUCUCUUCCGACACUGCAGAUGUCAUCUGGGUGAAAGACGGAUCUGCCAUCACGGAAAGUGAAGACGUGGAACUAGUAAAAGAAGGUGGUUUGAGGAAACUUCUGAUCCGCAGUACCUCUAUUCAUGAUGAAGGCGAAUAUACCUGCGUUUUAGAAGAUGAUGAGUGCAAAGCUGAAGUGAACGUUAUCGAAUUGCCUCCAGAAAUCAUUACUCCCCUCCAAGACAAGUCCGUUAAUAAAGGAGAUAAAACUGUGUUCGAAAUAGAGCUCUCUAAGGGAGAUGCCUUGGCCAAAUGGUUCAAGGAUGAAGUCGAAAUUCAAUUUUCGGAACAUAUCCAGUUAUCGAUUGACGGAAAGAAACAGAAAUUGAAAAUCUACAAUUCGGAAAUGACGGAUGCUGGUGUUUACACCUGUGAGGUCGGUCUUCAAAAAUCUUCUGCCAAACUUACUGUUAACGAAGGACUAUUCCAUUUCAAGAGACCACUCCCACCAGUGACAUUAAUAGAAGAAAACUCAGAUGUCGAAUUCUGGGUUGAGCUUUCACAAACUGACAUUGAAGUGGAAUGGUACAAAAACACCAAAAAGAUAGUCAAUUCGAGCAAAUAUAAAAUCAGCUCGGAUAAAACCAUAAGGAGAUUGGUUAUGAAGAAAACCACCAUCGAAGAUGAAACGGAAUACUCCUGCCGUGCUACGUUCAGAUCAGAAACGAUAACCACCUCGACGCAACUGAAGAUUGGAGGAAUACCAUCACCACCAAGAGGACCCCUUCAAGUAUCUGGAAUGUCUGCCAAUUCUUUCACCAUCCAUUGGGAACCAUCAGAACACGAUGGACAUUCUCCCAUUAUAGAAUACAUAGUUGAAAUGAAAGAUGUUCAGACCCAGAAGGAAUUCAAGAAGAUUGGGGCCACAAAAGGAGAUGUCACGACUAUUCCUGUCAACUAUCUGGAGAAAGAUCAUGGUUAUAGGUUCAGGAUAACAGCAAGAAAUAGUAUUGGUACUAGUGAACCGUACCUUCCAGAAGAAAGUAUUGUUGCUGGAUCAAGAAUAACUCCUCCAUCUCCUCCAAUAAAUCUUACUAUGAAAGACGUGACCAGUCGUAGUGCCACUCUUCAUUGGGGACCACCUGAAAACAAUGGAGGUACCGAAAUUACAGGUUAUGUCGUUGAGAGGAAAUUGGAGUUCAUGCCAAAAUGGGAGAAGGUCUUCACUUUGGAAGCCUUCACACUCCAAUACACUUUCGAAAACCUCAAGGAGAAGAGCGACUAUAGAUUCAGAGUAUUUGCAGAGAAUGCUAUUGGUUUGAGUUUACCUGCUAUAACAGAAACUGUACAUCUCAAGACACACGCAACUGUUCCUUCACCACCAACGGCCCCAUUGGAAAUAAGAACAAUUGGUCCAAAUGCAAUAGUGAUCGAAUGGGGUUUGCCAGAAUCUGAUGGUGGUUCCCCAUUGCUGGGCUACAAAAUUGCUAUUAAAGACACCAAGAAAACAAUGUGGAUGGAAAUUGGUAGAGUGAAUAAGGGUGUUCUCAAAUUCACCAUCAGAGAUCUACAAGAAGGACAUGACUAUCUGAUAAGAAUAUUUGCAAGGAACGAAAUAGGGCUUAGUGACCCGCUAGAAUCAGAUGAACCAUUCAAAGUCCUUCCUUCCGGUGAAACUGACCAGGAGGACUUCAGGGAAGUAACAGACAGAGAACCGACAUCCUACAGUACAGAAACUACAACCUCGUGGCUGAGAGAAAACAACAUGGACGCAGACAUUUACACUUACGCCAGAGGAAAACUUUUACAGCGCGAUGAAUACUUCUUCCGUAUUUGGUGUUAUGCAAAACAAUUGUUCAAAUGAAGGGAAUAAUAAGAAUAAGGUAAAACGCUGUAUAUAAUCAUUAUGUUAAUAUUUAAAUAUACUUAUCGAUUUGUUAUAAUUUUUAUACAUCUAUUUGAUUGACCAAUUGAAAGAGUCAAAGUGAUAAAAUCUUUAUUCUUGAUUAAUUCUAGUCCCCAAGUUUGUUUGAUACCUACUGUGAUAUGUUAUAUCAAAUAAUGAACUUGAAAUGUACAUGAGUGUAAUAUUGAUACUCAUGACCUAUAUCCUAAACUGGAAACGUAUCUAAUAUUUGUUUUAUAAUUACAUUACUUGUACUUACACUUUGAAUUUAGUACUAGAAACUUAUUUGUAUAUCAAAAACUUUCAUAUCCCUUGAACAUUAUGACAGAGUAUUGAUUUAAGAGGUUGCGUAUCAAAUGAGAGAAAAUAUAGGUGCAAAAUAAUAACUGAAUUGAAUUUAUUCAACCACUUAAUCAAUACAUUACCUACUUAUACAUGUUUGCAUUAAGACUAAAUAAAGAUACAUAGAAAUGAUA